ACCCCCCCCUCCGCGCGCCCUCCCCCGCCAGCAAAGUGGGUGAGUCAGUGGAUGGCCAGAGAGAUGGAUGGAGGGGGAGGGGCGGCGCGGGGACGCGCCGUGCCAGGCUCUGCCCUCGAUUGCUAAGGCUUGGCUACUCCCCCCCCCCCCAAAAAAAGUGGUGUUUUUUUGCGAUAUCGAAUUAAUGUUGCAAAUGGCUCAGGCCAGCCGCGCGCGGGGCUGCUAACCUGAUCCGUCCCGGGGCGACGUCAUUUCUCCAACAACUCCCCGGACCCCCCCCCUACGCGCGCACCCCCCCCCCCCAAAAAGAAGGCUGCUUUUACUUUUUAUUUAUUUAUUUUCUGCCCCUUCCCAUCAACAGCAGCAGCAACCCCCCCCCCACGCGCGCUUUGGAUCAAAGGGGAGGAGCAGGAGCGAAAGAGAGAUUGCGCCCCCUAACCUCACCUCCCACCCAACCCCCCAUUUUUUUAAAAAAAACCAGGAACCCCCCCCCGGAAAAAAAAAGAGAGAAGGGGAGAUUCCGCAGAGAUCUGCUAGACUUCCUGGUGCAAAACGUGAGUGGAUCCCUCGUCUUGGUCUGUGCGCCCUGAUGUUUUGCAACAAGUUGGGUUUUCCUUUCCUUCUUCCCCCCACUUUGCUUUCCUUCCACGAGCUUCUCUUCAACCCCCCCCCUCCAAAAAAAACCCCCUCCUCUCUCUUUGCAAUCCUGCCCCCCCCACUUGCUCCGGGUUCAGGAAACUGCGAGCGGAAAAAGGUUUGUGUCAUGAGUAACUUUGUGGCUCCAGGCGAGGUUCCGCUUUGCGCGUUUCGACUGCGCUGCGCCAAAGGCGAGUUAAUUCCUAAUUCUUUGGGGGAGUUUGUGUGCGUGUUUUGUUUGGUAGGGUGAGGUUUUUUUUGGGGGGGGGAAACACAUCCUCAUUUAUUCCCCCUUCCUCGCCCCAACUCUUCUCCCGCUUUCUCUCUUCCGUCAUGUAAACGGACCAUAAACCGGAUCGAUAUCUUCCCCCCCGCGCGCCGCCGCCACUCCCGGUUUAAAGGAAAAAUACUCGUGGGCACUUUCCAGUAUGUAUUACUCACUCCUCCGAGGAGACUCGGACCCAUUGAUUUCAUGGAGUGGUAUUUUUGGGGCGGGGGGCUGGUUUCGGAUCGGGGCCGAGGCAGGCCGCGAUCCUCACGCCGCUUACUCGGGAGUAAGACCCAAUGAAAGUCAACGGGACUUGCUUCGGAGUAGGCAUGGAAAAGCUCUGCUUGCAAUCCAGAUGUACUUGGAGUAGACCCAUCGCCAUUAAGGGCGCACGCAUUAAUCGCGGGGCGUCUGCACCCCCUUACGGCAUAGCGCAUCUGCUCCUCUUACCGGGAAUUUUGGCUUUUUAAAGAGUGUUUUUGCACCGGAUCGGGCGCGGCUUUUACUUUAGAGUAACCCCGGCUUGCUCUACGUUUUGGAAAGGGGGGACUCAACUCCCGGCGAAGCCUGCGGGCCCCCGGCCGGUUUGACGCGGGACUCCAGGAGCGCGCUUACUCGGGAGUAAGCGGGCUCAGCGGCCCUGCACCAGGAAGCCCCGAGCUCCAGGAUCCGGAGGAAAGGGCGAGUCUGCUCGGAAGGAAGCCCCGCGGGGGCCUAACGGCGCUUACUCGCAAGUAAAGGCGCGCGGGAUCGGGGCCUCGGAGCUCCGCGCACGGGGCUUUGAAUGGCUAAACUGUUAUUUGGCAACGGGGCGGAUCCUUUGCACGGGGCGGCCCUCCCUCGCUCCCCCCCUCCCUAUGACUAAUUUCCAUCCAGGGAUUUUUUUUUGUGGGGGUGGGGGCAGGCAGGAUCGACCCACACUUCCAUCCACCCCACAUUGCACACGAUUCGGAUUCACUUGCGGGAGGAAGAACCCCGGAGGUAAUUCUCUUUUCUCUCUCUCGGAAAAUUAAGAAUUCUUCUCCUUUUUUUUAAUUAAAAAACCCUGUUUCCUCCAGAAUCCUAUUAUAGAAGGGGGUUUCCAUGUCUUUCUUCCCUUCCCCCAGUUUAUAGGAAUCCCCACCUUAUUCCCCCCCCCAAACCUUUUUGCAUCUAUAUAAAAAAGUUUGAAAGGUACUUUGUAGAGCUGAACCUUUUUAUUUUUGAAGGAAGUGUGUUUUGGAGAUGAAAGGAAGAGAAAUGUGUUUAUUUUCAGAAAAAAAGGUUUGUCUGACCCAACUAUUCCCACUUGGGGAUGGUUUUUCCUCCCCUCUCUAGGCUGCGAGGGGAAAUAGACUUUGUUUCGGACACUUUUUGGGGCUUGGGCGAGAACUCCCUUCAAGUAAAUGUUCAGCGAAAGUGGGGAGGAGAAGAGGGGGGCAGGAUAGGGAGAAUUCGGUGCCCCCACCCUUUAAUUUCCACCGUUUUGUGUCAUUGCUAGCUUCUCCCUUCUCUCUUUUCUCUCCUGAUUUAUGGGGUCCAUUGUCCCAGCCAUAAUGGCCCUUUCUCUGACAGCUUUAUCCAAGAAUCCUGUGCCUUAAAGCCAUGUUUACACAUAACCACGCAGAGUUUGGGAGAGGUUUCUGGCCUGUCUCUCCAAAGUGUGCUUCAUUGCUGUAGGAUAUCAGUUUAUCUUCCCCCCCCCCCCAGAGCAUGGGUAGGCAAACCAAGGCCCGGGUGCCCGGAUCCAGCCCAAUCGCCUUCUAAAUCUGACCCACGGAUGGUCCGGGAAUCAGCGUGUUUUUACAUGAGUAGAAUGUGUGCUUUUAUUUAAAAUGCAUCUCUGGGUUAUUUGUGGGGCAUAGGAAUUUGUUCAUAUUUCCCCCCAAAAUAUAAUCCGGCCCUCCACAAGGUCUGAGGGUCAGUGGACCGGCCCCCUGCUGAAAAAGAUUGCUGAGCCUUGCCCCAAAGUCUUCCUUCCUUCUCUCUUCUGGUCUUUCCCUCCGAUCCAGGAAGUGCCAGUCUCCCUUUUUGGGGCCUACACCAAAUCUUUGCCACCCUGGUGUGUAUGUGUGCAACUUUUCCCCCUGCAACUCGAGGGCACCCUGGCAUCCCGGAACCAGUUAACGAUCCUUGAUCUGGGUGGGGGAAAAUGUCCCCUUUUCAGCGUGGGAUUGGCAGGCCUGUCUUCCCCCCUCCUUCCUUUCUGUUUGCGAAAGCACAUUUGCGGCACCCUCAGGUGUGUCCAGACUAAACCGAUAGUUGUGUUGUUGUUUUUUAAGGCCUUUCCCUUCCGGGGUUUUCAGAAAGGAGAGCCAUGCAUGCAUUUGAAUGUAGCACAUCAGAACCCAGCCUCCGUUUGCUUUUCUAACUUUCCGAAAGGCUGGGUUAAAAACCAGAAAUAUUGGCGUGCAACAGCCUUUGCCCAGUCGCCUCGUAGGAUUAAAUCAUAGUAGUGGACUAGCUUUUUCUUUUUUAAUGUUUCCGCUGCGGGAUUAAAAAACUCCCAAAAGUUGCUAGCUUUCAGGCCUGCGCAGGCUGAGGCCAUAACCUCCUUUUUUAUGGUGUGGGGUUGCAUUCAGCGGACUCCCAUUCAGAGUAGAUUGAAAUUAACCGCGUUUAUUAACUUCGCCAAGUCUGCUCUGUGUAGGAGUCAGCCUCGGGCAGGCAUCCCCAAACUCGGCCCUCCAGAUGUUUUGGGACUACAACUCCCAUUAUUCCUAGCUAACGGGACCAGUGGUCAGGGACGAUGGGAAUUGUAGUCCCAAAACAUCUGGAGGGCCGAGUUUGGGGAUGCUUGCCCUUGAGAGUGCUUUGUUUUGCUUUGUACAUUUAUUUACUUUGGUGCAGGGAUCCUUUGGCCCGCCAAGGUGUCGCUGAACUACUCUUCCCAUCUUCAUGCCUGGCCAUGCUUGCUGGGGCUGAUGGGAGUUGUAGUUUGGGAGCCUCUGAAGGGCCAAAGUUCCUUCACACCUGGUUUCCUUGAAAAAUGUAUCCAUUGCCUUCUGGGGUAAGUGAUUUUGGGAUUUACCAUCGCUUGCCGUUCAUUACUUGCCAUUAAAAGGGUAAAGGGACCCCUGACCAUUAGGUCCCGUCGUGACCGAUUCUGGGGUUGCGGCGCUCAUCUCGCUUUAUUGGCCGAGGGAGCCGGCGUCCAGCUUCCGGGUCAUGUGGCCAGCAUGACUAAGCUGCUUCUGGCGAACCAGAGCAGCGCACGGAAACGCCGUUUACCUUCCCGCCGGAGCGGUACCUAUUCAUCUACUUGCACUUUGACAUGCUUUCGAACUGCUAGGUUGGCAGGAAGCAGGGACCGAGCAACGGGACGGGGGAUUCGAACCGCUGACCUUCGGAUCGGCAAGUCCUAGGCUCUGUGGUUUAACCCACAGCGCCACCCGCAUCCCAUUACUUGCAAUUACUUGCCCUUAUUAUCGGCAAGGCUGAGCUGUGCACUAAAGUUUCUGUUGUGACCUGUUGCUGAUUUCAAAGCCCGGACUGCAUGGAUCCCAAAUUUACCUUGAUAAGACUGGGCUUUGCACCACAGAGCCUGGCAGAAUUUAGCAAGGAAAUGGAAGGUUUUUGAAGCAACCGGCAAGGGCGAGUCACCCGGUUUUCCAAUUGCAGGGGACGAACUCAUCUUCUUUUAUUGGAUUUUACACUGUGUAAAUUUCCUUCGGAUUUCCUACAAUGCAACAUUGUAUUCUUAAAUGUUUCCAAACUGAUUUGGUGUGGCUACCCUACUUAUCAUAAUGACAAAUCCUUAUUAUAUGAUUAACCAUCAAGCAUCCUUUACACAAGAAAUCCUCAUCUUAAGGAAUUAAGUCCUCAGUAUACCAUUUUUAUCCACAUCCCAUAUCCAUAUCAGUCUGAUUAAUAAUAAUUAUCACUGGGUUGGAUCCAGCGUUAGUCCUACUUAUGUGCCUAAUUACUGUCCAUUAAUGAGUCCAAGUAGAAUUUAGUUAGGUACCGCCCAGAAUGACUAGUCUUUACCAUCAUAACAAUCUUUUAAUAUGCCUGCCCUUACCUUAGAGAACAAUCCCGUAAAAUAAACAAUUACAAAUCCAUAUUACACAAUUUGUGGAAAUUGCGAGGUUAUCUUUCUACUCUUACAUGUCUUCUGCACUCCCAAUAAAUCCGAAAACCUUUUUCAAGUCAAACAGCCAGACAUAGCCUCCACAUUUUAGUGAAUACCUGGCCAUAUCCUUAGGUGUCUGUGUUUUGUCCAGACUGUAGGCUGGCUGAAUUAUUGGCAGCUAGCAGGCAAUCAAUUCUCUGUGACAGGCGGUUGGAAACAUUUGACCUGUCAGCUCUCUGAAAAUCAACCGUUGCUUGGCCAGACUUUAUAUAUAGUCUCUCAAUGUGGUGUAUGGUCCUUGAGAGGCUGUCAGCAAAGACAACCAAGUAUGGACCAACCAUAUUCAGAAGAAGGAUGUACAAAAUUCUUUUCUGCCUAUAUACAAAAAAUGUAAGGCUGUCGUCAUUCUGCAGUUCCCCUAGCCACCAAUAGGUGGUCACACUUUCUCCAGUAUAAAAGCCUGCCAUAAUAAUAAUAAUAAGAAGAAGAAGAAGAAGAAGAAGAAGAAGAAGAAGAAGUAUUCAUUGGAUUUCAGAAGUUCAACAGGGGGGGAGAGGGCCCGUCUGACCUCAAGUGGGACAUCCACAAAACGGCCCACAACACAGAACUGGUUGGUCUGAGCAGGCCCACAGGGGAUCCUCAGUAGUGACUCUCCCCAGGGCUGUAUUUUGCAUAUGCGGUAAAGGUAAAGUGACCCUUGACCAUAAGGUCCAGUCGUGACCGACUCUGGGGUUGCGUCACUCAUCUCGCUCUAUAGGCCGAGGGAGCCGGCGUACAGCUUCCGGGUCAUGUGGCCAGCAGGACUAAAGCGUUUCUGGCGAACCAGAGCAGUGCACGGAAACGCCGUUUACCUUCCCGCUGGAGCGGUACCUAUUUAUCUACUUGCACUUUGACGUGCUUUCGAACUGCUAGGUUGGCAGGAGCAGGGACCAAGCAACAGGAGCUCACCCCGUCACAGGGAUUUGAACCGCCAACCUUCUGAUGGGCAAGUCCUAGGCUCUGUGGUUUAACCCACAGCGCCACCCGCAUCCCUGGGGUGCAAAAAACUGCCCAGCACCCCCAAUUUUGGGGGGGGGCAGGAGAAAAACCUGCAGCACUCUGCCUGGCUCUUCAGUCCCCAGACUCCAAAUCUCAGCCCCGCACUCUCGGCCUGGUGCCCCUGAGAGCCUGGCGCCCGGGUGCCCCGCACCCCUAGCGCCUGUGGGUAAGCCAGCCCUGCCGAGGCCUCAUAUUAAAGAAUCCAGGGAACUGUAGUUUCCCCCCUCACAGAGCUGCGAUUCCCAGCACCCCUGGUGUGGAAGUGAUGUUGUUGUUAGUCGUUUAGUUGUGUCCGCCUCUUUGUGACCCCCUGGACCAGAGCACGCCAGCCACUCCUGUCUUCCACUGCCUCCCGCAGUUUGGUCAAACUCAUGCUGGUAGCUUCAAGAACACUGUCCCGCCAUCUCGUCCUCUGUCGUCCCCUUCUUCUUGUGCCCACCAUCUUUCAUAACAUCAGGGUCUUUUCCAGGGAGUCUUCUCUUCUCAUGAGGUGGCCAAAGUAUUGGAACCUCAGCUUCAGGAUCUGUCCUUCCAGUGAGCACUCAGGGCUGAUUUCCUUCAGAAUGGAGAGGUUUGAUCUUCUUGCAGUCCAUGGGACUCUCAAGAGUCUCCUCCAGCACCAGAAUUCAAAAGCAUCCAUUCUUUGGCGAUCAGCCUUCUUUAUGGUCCAGCUCUCACUUCUAUACAUCACUACUAGGAAAACCAUAGCUUUAACUAUACGGACGUUUGUCGGCAAGGUGAUGUCUAAGAAGUGAUUUUAGGAUUUUAGGGGCAACACUGAGGAAGGCUUGCAGCGUCUGGGGUUUUUGUUUUGUUUUUUUUUGUUUUUUGCUUCAGGGGAAAGAUGAGCAAACGAAGCUGAUGAAGUCACAAGAAGAGACAGUCCUCUUGUGCUCAGGUCCUCCUUGUGGCCUUCCCUAAAUGGACAACUGCCUGGCCACCAUGAGAACGGGAUGGUGGGUUUUGUCCCGGUCCAGCAAGGCCUCUUCUGACAUUCUAAUGGAACCUCCACCCCCAAGGGCAGUCUAUCUUGGCGUCACUGUUCCCAGGGAGAUUUGGCCACUGUAAGAGCCAUAGGCUGGCCUAGAGGGGUCAUUGACCUGAUCCCGGCAGCCUCUUCUUAUGUCUUAGGUAUGGGUGGGUGUUUGGACAGUUCCCUGCAAAAAAAAAGGGUGCCUUUAGAGAAGCGGGUGUUUUUUUAAGGAGUUGGUGGCAGAUCUGUUGGAUGCGGGGAAUAAAUAACAGGACGGCUUUCUUGAGCAUACUCUGUGCUUGGGUGGGUGGCUCUCGCCUGCGCCUCAACAAACCUUUGAUCGCAGUAAGGCUUUAAUGCUCUUAAUGGAUUUGACUGCAGUUACCUGCUUGCAUCUGAUCUUCGUUGGGGGAGAGAGGAAAAUACCCGAAGGGCAAGUUUCAAAGCUUUUUGUGUAUGGAUUUUUCCGCACUCCUAAACCUCCCAUGUCUGAAAAAGGCCAUUAGGUGUCCUUUCUCCCCUUCCCUCCAGGUAAGGCAACUGCAAAUGCCUAUUAUUGGGAUUUUACCGAUCGGUUUGCCUCGAUAGCCUGCUUUUUCCUCCAAAGAGCGUGGUUCUCCGCCCCACAGUGACCCUGCGAGGGAGGCAAGGCUGAGAGGGAGAGUCACUGGGCCCCCCGAGGGCUCACGCGGUGAGCUUAAUGGCCGAGCUUGAACCCUGGUUCCUUCCGAAUCCUGGUCCAGUCCUCUAACCACUACGCCACACUGCCUCUCGAUGGCGCGGCGCUUGCGGAAUCGGCUCAGGUGCUUUGGAGAGCCUCCUUGGGGCAGGAUGAGGGCCCCUUGUCAGGAUGAGGGCCCUUCUGAGCCCAGCAAUCUUGUUUACCCAAUCUGUUUUAAGAGGUGGGUGUGCAUUACUUCAAAAUGUGAUCGGCUAGCACUGCGUUGAUUUGAGGGGGGGGGUGUCUCUGCUGAAUGGGGCUCCUUACCUGUGCUGCCCCCCCCCGUCCUACCUUGACUGCACCAGGCGCUAAAGUCAAGAGCCCUCAGCCGCUCUUGGUCGCCAGCUGCCAGUUUUCCAAAUUUGCAAAAUUCACCGCUGGAGACAAUAGAUCUCAUUUGGACAGAGUGCUGCUUCUGUGUUUUGGGUUCUGCUUUUGGGGUUGCAGUUGCAGCAUGUGCUUGGCCCCUGUGGGAACAGGAUCCUGGGUUCGAUGGGCCCCCAUGGGCCUGAUCCAGCAUCCUACGCCCUUGCUUUCUUGGGGCCCUUCUCUUCGCCAGCUUCAAAUAUUGCCUAUUGUAAAACAAAUUAUGGUAGCUUUCUGUUGGCACCGGGGAGCAGAUGCAAAUAAGUCUUAUGGAAGCUGCGUCUCUUAUUGCUGCGCACAGGUAAUUAAGUCUAGCAUCCCUUGAAGGUGAAAAGCUUUAUGUUUCGUGCUGGCCUUUGCCAGUUGGCAGCCUCUGGGCCAGAUUGAUGGGUUCUUGCAGCUCUGCCAAUAAUAAUAAUAAUAUCUAUUAUUGUAAUAUCUAUGAUUAUUAUUAGCUGGAGGAGCACCUGCAGCUUAAUCACAGGACAAGUCUCUUCGCACCCAGACGGUCCCAGGCUCAGUCCCUGAAAUCUCCUGGCAGGGCAGGGAGAGAUCUGUUUUCAGACUCAUGAGGACUGGAAUCUUGCUCUGUUUGGAAGAGAGGUGCUGUAGCUGAGUGGUUAGAGCACCUGCUGCGCCUGCAGAAGGUCCCAGCUUCAACCCCUGGUGUCUUCACUAUCUGAGGCUGGGAGAGACCCCUUGUCUGCUUUCCUGCAAAGCUGCUGCCAGUCAGUGCAGGUAAGCCAGUGUUUCCCUGCAUCUGAAACCCUGCAGAGCCGCUGCCAGCCAGUGUUGACAAAACUGAAUGAGAUAGAGCAAUGGUCUGACUCGGCGGGAGGCAGCUCCUCAUCCUCCUGUCUCUCCAGUUCUGCGUUUCUAAGGCUCCCCCCAUCCCUGUGCUGCCAACUCUGACUGGCAGCCUCCAGAUUUUAAUAGCUUUGUCCUCUUUGGAACCCAUAUCAGGAUAGGCUGUUGAACUCGAAGGCCCUUCAGAAGGGCUCCUCUCCUGUCUGGAUAGUGGAGCCUCCACGGCCAGGAGCAGUUGCCCUUAGAAGGCCCGUCGCUGUGGGAAACGCACCUUCGUGAGCUGCUUUUGAGUGUCCCUUUUCAAAACACCUGAGUCGGCUGCUGUGGCAACCAGGCUGACCCAUGAUAGAAGUGCUCUUGUUUUGUUCCCGGGUCUUGAAAGCAGGGCUUGCUGUUUUAAAAGCUGUUUUCUGCUGUUCAGAAAAGAAAUUACAGUUCUACCUCCGGUUACAGAUGGGAUUUGUUCUGGAGGCCCAGCCGUAUCCCGAAAAGUCCACAACUGGAGGUGCCCUUCUGCGCAUGCACGUGGCGCGAUUGAGUGCAUAUGCGCAUGUGCGCGUGGCGAAACCCAAAAGUACACACUUCCGGGUUUGCCGCGUUCACAACCCGAAGUUUACAUAUCCCUCUGGAUACAUAACCUGAGGUACCACUGUACUGUAUUUUCCAUGUAUAACACGAGGAUUAUUUACGUGAAAGUAAUGCUUAAAAAUUGGGGCCUUCUUAUACAUGGGUACUGCUGUGUGGGGGACGGGGGACUGGUUGCUGCCAUGAGGUGGAGAUUGUCAGCAGUGGUAGUGUGGGUUAGUGGUGACUGCGGCAAUGACUUGUUUUGAUUUGCUGUUGGGCAGGCGAUAGGCGGUCAAGCGCUUGGUGGCCUUUUCAUUGCGUGUGAUAGGAAGUGUUGUUCAGGCGGGUGAGCGGUUCUGAGCAAUCCCCCCAAAAAAGGUCAACAACUCUGGGCAAUCUCCCCCCAUUUUCUUAAUUUUGAGUCCCCCAAAAUAGGAGGCGUCUUAUACACGGGAAAAUACAGUAAUAUAUCUGCCCGAUCUGUUGAAGCAGCCAUCUUUUGGAAAGAGCAACUGCAAGCACAUAAUUUCUCCGCCUUCCUAAAUUGCGAGAUGACCGUCGAGGAGCCCUGGCGGACUCCCACCCUCUGAACCGAAGGCUUAAAAGAUAAAAGUCAGCCGCCCUGCAAGGAGAACCCAGCCUCCUCUUUCCGUCCUCUGUUUCUCUCCCCACCCCACGCAAACUCCUUGAAACUUUUCCCCAAGCAGGUCUGCGCAGUAUUUGUCCUGGCAAUUGAAACCCUUUUGGGGAUUGCUCCAUCGGGGGGAGGGGGGCAGGGACGGGCAGAGGCUGCUGGUAAGAAUGGUCUCCCUUGCAAAGUUCCUGUGCCCAGCCAACUGGCACAAGACAUGGGAACGUUCAUCCACUUUCUCCUCCUCGGGGCCUCAUCCAGCCCAUGAGGAUCAGCGGCGUGUACCUCUGAAAGAUGCAGAACUGCCAAGACUGAAAUGGCUGCUUCCGAUUGGCCAAAGUCCCUUCUGCGCCACCUUGCCCCCACCCCCAUGGCAUGUUGAUGGUGGGCGUGGCCAGAGGCAAAAGUGGGUGGGGCAAAUGGUUAUUUAUUUUCAAAAGAUUUUUCUUUUUAUAUAUAUAUAUAUAAAUUUUUACUAGUUUUUUAGCAUAUCAUUUCCAACAAUAACUAAACAUACUUUUAUAUCUUACACAAUUUUUUGACUUCCAUCAAUCACAUCUGAAAAUUUUGCAAUCUACAGUGGUACCUCGGGUUCCAUACGCUUCAGGUUACAUACACUUCAGGUUACAGACUCCGCUAACCCAGAAAUAGUGCUUCAGGUUAAGAACUUUGCUUCAGGAUGAGAACAGAAAUCGUGCAGCGGUGGCGCGGCAGCAGCAGGAGGCCCCAUCAGCUAAAGUGGUGCUUCAGGUUAAGAACAGUUUCAGGUUAAGUACGGACCUCUGGAAUGAAUUAAGUACUUAACCCGAGGUACCACUGUAUUCACUUAAUUUGCAUUUCACUAUUACAUUUAAAUCUCAUUUCUCAAUAUCUCAAAUCUCAAUUUCAUAUGUUUCUCCUUACAAAACUUCUUGUAGUCCUACUGGCAUAAUUUGUUGAUUACAGUUGCUCUUCAAAUAGUUCGUAUAGUUCUUCCAAUCCUCUGUAAAUCUUUGGUCCUGCAGGUUUCGAAUCCUUCCUGUCAUUUUAUCCAAUUCUUAUUUUUAAAAGAUUUUUCAUAUCGCUCUCUACAGCCACAGCUGUCGGUCUCUAAUGGUUUGACUUCGCCCGAAGGCGAAACUGCUAGAAACUCACAGAUUAUAAGCCCAGGCGUCAAAUGGCUUCUUAAACCAGGGUUAUAGUCGCCAAAAUGGAAUGGCUAGUUUCCAUUUUGGGGCAAGAGGGCUCAAAAGUCAGUUUUCAAAUGAUGGACUGACUGCAAUUGGCUCUCAGUUAAACAUCCGGCUGGUUCAAAUGACAACCUUGAGCUUGAUUACGAACUUAAAGAAGAAAAGUCACGAUCCCACGAAAGUCUAUAUAUAUAUUGGCCUAUUCCGACCUGUUUUUCUUAAUGGUGACACAGACCACUCACGACCUAAGAAUAUUCUUCGCAGCUGUGAGCAGCGCAAUGGGGCGAAUGAAGACAAGCGGCAACAAUUGUUGUUCGCUGCUCCUGCUCAAGGCUGCGCAGAAAAAGCAUUUUGGUCACCGAAAUUCAUUCCAACUGUGCAAGUAAACGGACCGAAUUCUACAGGGUGUGGGGUAUUAGUGUGUGAAAACAGUCCAGAUCCAAUGAUCUCCCAGGUGGCAGAGAUUUUCGCUUGGUCGCAAGAGGCCGGAAGCAGGGUGCAAAAUUCGCCUGGGGCCUGGAUUUUGAACACUGCAAAGGCGGUCGCCUCCAUUGUCUGCUGGAUUUACGUAUAAGCUAAACAAGCUAUAGCUUAGGGCCCCACGCUCUUGGGGGCCCCCCAAAAAAAUUAAGGAAAAAAACCACCUACAUGUACAUUUCCAAAAUAUAAGAUAAAAAAGAAAUAAAAUAAAACGUACAUACAACAAGAGUGUUUUGUGUUGUGUAGGUUCCUAUGAUGUAAGUCAUGGGCCCCGCCUGCUAGCCUGCUCCCUCAAAUAUCACUGGUUUGCUCCUUUCUAUAUAAAGGUGCCUGCAUUCUGCAUGGACUGGUUGCAGGGCAACACGUGCAAAUGGCUUGAGAUACCUAUCAGGUCCAUAAAUUACCAUAUAGCAUAUAUUCAACAACAACAAAAACAGCGACAAUUUGUGUUUUGUGUUGCGUAGGCUCCUAAGAUGUAAGUCACGGGCCCCGCCUGCUAGCCUGCUCCCUAAAAUAUCACUGGUAUGCUCCUUUCUAUAUAUAGGGUGCCUACAUUCUGCAUGGACUGGUUGCAGGGCAACAUGUGCAAAUGGAUUUAGAUACCUAGCGGGUCCAUCAAUUACCAUAUAGCAUAUACAGUCAUACCUCGUGUUACAUUUGCUUUAUGAUACGUUUUUUCAGGUUGCGUCCCGCGGCGACCCGGAAGUACCGGAAAGGGUUACUUCCGGGUUUCACCACUCUUCGCCGCUGCGGGUUGCGUUCUGCUCAUGUUGCGAACGGGGCUCCGGAACGGAUCCUGUUCACAAACAGAGGUACCACUGUAUACAGCCCCCAAAAACAGGACAAUUUGUUGUGGACAAAGGACAGCUGGACAUAGAAAGGGCCCCAUUACCUUCAGGAGCUGAGGGCCUCAUCAAACCUGAAUCUGGCCCCGAGUUGAUGCACACACGGGGUGUGAACUGGUGUUUUGCAACCCUUGGCAUCCACCGCAGUUAAUAAAAGCCACUAAUGUGCUUCUCUUUCUCUGCCCACGCAUCUUAUGGGGCUUCUAAGUGAGAAGAGGGAGACAACCCCAGGCUGGUAGGAAACGUUUCGCGGAAAGAAAGAUAAUCAGGUGACAACAAAAACUGCAAAAAAUAAUUAGCAGGGGCAAUUAGAGUAAGAUCUGUUAUCUGAUGAUUGAUGUAAACCUCAAAAAUGUAUUUUGUAUAGUCUAUCUGCAGUUCAUUAUAUUUUAUUUUAUUGCUACAGCUUGUGGCUGAUGCAGAUAAAGAUUCCUUUGAUCUGAUCUUAUGUGGAAGGAUGUGUGGAGGCUUCCACUAUGAGUAAUGGGGGGGUGCCAAAACCAAAGCAGCAAUCCCAGGGUGGAUAAAUAAAUUUUAAAAAAAUUUUUUUUAUUUAAAUCAGAUUUUUAAAAUAAUAUGCUUUUGGAGGAAAAAAUCAAUCUAAAGACAGUUUUCUAUUUAAGUUACAUUAUAUCCCAAAGGCUAUUCAAGAAAUAAGGAUUUGUUUUAAGUUUUUCAUGUGUGCUAAAACUCAGUGUAAGGUUUUUUCUUUAUUAUUGUUUAACGACAUCAGCUAACAUGGAUUGUUGUUGUUGUUUAGUCGUGUCCGACUCUUCGUGACCCCCUGGACCAGAGCACGCCAGGCACUUCCGUCUUCCACUGCCUCCCGCAGUUUGGUCAAACUCAUGCUGGUAGCUUCGAGAGCACUGUCCAACCAUCUCGUCCUCAGCUAACAUGGAUACAUAUGCUAUAAUGUUAUUGUUUUAGUCAAAUAAAUUGUUUAAAUUGUUAUUAAGGAAGUGGUUACUUUCCCCCCCUUCCAAUAAAGGUACAGCAGAAAAGUUGUCCAAAUAUAAACAGUUAACUUAUUAAACCUCACAAUAAUUUCAUAGUUAUCGGUCUAUAUAUUUCUAAGAGUAUAACUGAAUCAGUGAUUUUUGAUAUAACUGUAAAAACUACUCUGAAAAUGUAUUAUUCCAAAAACGGAACCUUCAUCUGGUUGGUAAAUAUUAAGAUUAUACCAGCAAGAAUGAGUCUUUCUGUAAAAGAAGUUUGAUCUACUGUAUUUUUUCGUGUAUGAGACGCCCCCUAUUUGGGCGGACUCCAAAUUAAGAAAACGCCCCCUCAACCGUUUACAUUUGGACAACUUUUCUGCUGUGAUUUAUUGGAAGGAGAAAAAUAAUCAUUUCCUUAAUAACAAUUUAUUCGACUAAAACAAUUACAUUAUAGCAUAUGUAUCCAUGUUUAUUAACCGAUGUGGUUAAACAAUUAAAAACAACUUAGACUGAGUUUUAGCACACAUGAAGAACUUAAAAACAAAUCCUUAUUUCCUGAUGAAUAGCCUUUGGACUAUCAUGUAACUUAAAUAGGAAACUAUCCUCCAAAAUUUAUUUUAAAAAUCCAAUUUAAUUUUUAAAAAUCUUGAGUUUUAAAUAUAUAUUUUAAAAAAUCAUUGCUUUUUAUCCACCCUGGUUUGUGCUAUCUCUCGUCUGUGUCUUGCAUUGGCGGACAGAACUAUUCUGAGUGAGUGGGAAGGGAAUUGGCUCAGAAAUUCAAAUAGUGCACCUUUGAAAAAGGUUGGCUGUCUGCUUGCAUUAAGGAGCCCAUCAUAAAAAUGAGCUGCUUUUGUUUUUCUGGCAACUUAGCGCCAAAUCGGUUGGGGAGAAACAGCGUGCUUUUUUGUCCAAAGUCGGUCAGCAAAACUAUCUGUGCCUUUAAUCUUCCUCUCUUUAUUUCCCCAACAAUAGACAAUCCUGCCCUAGUUUCUGAAGUAGGGGAAUGUCUGAUAAAACGGAGCGUCUUUUUCUUCCCUCUCCCCUCCCCUCCCUGCUUUCCUUUCAUGCCUGGGUCAUUUUGGGGAAUGUUCCACUGCGCACCUUUUCCUAUCUAGACAGGCUGGAUGCGGGUAUCAAAUUCACCGCCGUUCUUUGCGACCGUGCGCAAAAAAAUAAUAAUGCUUUAUCGCCCUCGGCUCUGCGAUUUGGCUCCCAGAGGCCCUGGGGAACGCAAGUCUGUUUAAACAUUAUAAAAUGAAAUAACAAAUUAAAAGAUAUCCCUCUCUCCAGAGGGCAAAUGGGGACAGUUAAUUUGUCAAGAGCUUAGUUCUAGGAAACAAGUGGCCCUUCUUUGUAAACAGUGGCAUUGUUUAAACAGGGACACUGUGUUAAAUUGUGUGUUAGCCUGGCUUUGUCUGCCGCUAGGAUUUUGUUUUGCUGGAAUAAAAAUAAUUAUUAUUAUUAUUCCGCCUCUCUCGGCCUGAGACACUCUCUCUUGCUGUGGCUUGCUGCAUUUGAAAAAUGCAUUUUAGAGUCAUUGGUUUUUGGGGUUUUUUUGCAAAUAUUGAAACCUGCUAUACUGGACUCUUGUCAGAAGCCGGAGAUUUUCUUAACACAGAAAACAAAAAGCAGCAUAUUACAGUGGUACCUCGGGUUACAUAAGCUUCAGGUUACAUAUGCUUCAGGUUACAGACUCUGCUAACCCAGAAACAGUGCUUCAGGUUAAGAACUUAGCUUCAGGAUGAGAACAGAAAUCGGGCUCCGGCGGCGCAGCAGCAGCGGGAGGCCCCAUUAGCUAAAGUGGUGCUUCAGCUUAAGAACAGUUUCAGGUUAAGAACGAACCUCUGGAACAAAUUAAGUACUUAACCCGAGGUACCACUGUACUCUGGAUGGCAUCAGGGUGGUUUAGGGAAGCUUUUAAUGUUUGAUGCAUUACUGUAUUUUAAUAUUUUGUUGAAAGCCGCCCAGAGUGGCUGGGGAAGCCCAGCCAGAUGGGCGGGGUAUGAAUAAUAAAUUAUUAUUAUUAUUAUUAUUAUUAUUUUGAUACUGCUUCAACCUACAAAAGUUUUUGGGGAGACAUGCUCCUUCGUCUGUGCAUAGCUCAUCGCUGAAAUCCUGUAAGUUUGCAUUCCCCAAAUGUUGUGGGCUGUUUUUUAAAAAAAGAAAUAAAUUCACCCUUGUUACACUUUUAUAAGAACCCCUCCAGAUAGGCAUAACACAGUAUCAUUUAAGCUAAUAUCAGAAGAGCGUGGCUGCAGGAUUCAUCAUCAUAAUUUUUAAUUUGUAUACCGUCUUUCUAUCUUACAAUACUCAAGGCGGUUUACAAGCUGAAGAAACAAAAAAUAUACAGUUCAUACCUUGGGUUGAAGUCGCUUCAGGUUAAGCAUUUUCAGGUUGCACUCUGCAACGGAGCGCGCAGGCGCUUGCGCAUGCGCAGACACUCAAAAUGACGUCAUGUGCGGAAGCGGUGAAUCGGAACCUGCGCGGAUGAGGGUUGCGUUUGCUUCAGGAUGCGAAAGGGGCUCCGGAAUGAAUCCUGUUCGUCUCCAGAGGUACCACUGUACGUCUUAUAACAAUCUAAUGCAAUACAGUGGUACCUCGGGUUACAUACGCUUCAGGUUACAGACUCCGCUAACCCAGAAAUAUUACCUCGGGUUAAGAACUUUGCUUCAGGAUGAGAACAGAAAUCGUGCUCCGAGGCCCCAUUAGCUAAAGUGCUGUUUCAGGUUAAGAACAGUUUCAGGUUAAGAACGGACCUCCGGAACAAAUUAAGUACUUAACCCGAGGUACCACUGUACAAAAAUGUGAUAAUAAAACGUAACUUUAAAAUAGGCAACCUACAUCAAAAUGUAACAUUCAGCAAUCAUUAAAAUAGUAUAAAAUAAUAAUAUCAACAUAUAAAAGUUAAACAGAAAUCCACUCAACAGUUACAAUAAAUAAUAUCUAAACUAUAAUCAAUAAAACCACGGCAAGCCACAGUAUAUAAAACAAUACAAUAUGCAUUGAGAAGCAGAGACUAGAGGGUAGAGCAAGGCAGGUGGAAGGAGGCCUUGCCUGAUGGAGUCUCUCCCCUCGCAGUUCUUCCUCCAGGAACAGCUCCCUUAUGAGGACUCUGAGGGCUGGAGGAUUAGGCCGCAGGGAUGGGCCGUUUUAAAAAGAUGGAGAGCAGCCCCUCUACCUGAAGCAGGUGAGAUGCCCCAAAGGACCUGGGAAUGAAGGUAGACUGCCUCUGGGCCUGGAGGUUCCAUCAGAACAAUAGUCUCCAGAAGCCUUUCUCAGCCUGUGGGUCCCCAGAUGUUGUUGAACUAUAACUCCCAUCACCCCUAGCUAUCAAGGGCACAGCUCAGGGAUGAUGGGAGUUGUAGUCCAACAACAUCUGGGGACCCACAGGUUGAGAACCGCUGGUCCAGCAACUGUUGGCAGAGGCAGAGAACAGCCAUUGCGCUAGGAGCCAUCGAUUGCUUUAUCCCCCUCCGUGAGCCUGUCUAAUCCGCUUUUAACGCCACUCCAGUUGGUGAGCAUCGCUGCCUCCUGCAGUGACGAAGUUCCGCAGUUUAACUUUGAUUGGGGAAUCAUCGCAGAUGAUAAAAGCGGAAGGAUGUCCGGACCUUCCACCAGAAAUCCACCGUCGAUGCCCCAUAAUCGCGCCAUUUACAGAUGGUGGAAUACAACACACUGGUCUCCUCGCUGGCCCAAAUAGGACUAAUUUAGCCAGCUAGCCCUGGUGAUCAUCUAAUGUUUAUUGGAUGGAUUUCCCCCUAAAUUGAUUUUUGAAUUCUGAAUUUAUUGUUAUUCACGUUUUAUACUGUAUUUUAUGCUGGUUUUUUGUUGCAUCAAUUAAAUGUUUUAAAUUUGUUGAUAGCUGCCCUGAGCCCGGUUUUCUGAACUGGGAAGGGCAGGGUAUAAAUAAAAAUUUAUUAUUAUUAUUAACACACACCCAGAAAGGCAUUGCCAUCUGCAUUUUUUAUCCAUUUAAAUGUGCAGAUAUUUUUUUCUCCAACCAAAGGCUUUUUUUAAAGCCAAUUAACCACACAGCAAAAUCGGCGCAAAAACAUCAGCCCGUUCAUUAACAACGACACCCGCAUUUUCCGAAGGGCGAAAUUUUGCCGCCGGUUGAAAAAGCUUUUUCGAUUGGCGACUUGACACUAAGUCAGCUUGGCUCCUUCUGGGUGACGUGGCCGUUGGCGGGAGUUGUAGUCCGAAGCGGUGGUGCUUGCUGGUGGGAGUUGUAGUUUGAACUGUCUGGCGGGCGCCAGUUAGGAGAAGGCUGGGCUUGUCUCUGACGGCUUUCCUGAGAGUGCGACUCAAGUGUUGCAACGUCUUUGCUGUUUCCACUUUGCUGCCAGCCCCGAGGGUUGGGCCACAUCUGAAGGAAUCGUGUGGCACAACCGUCUCUCGGGCUGCAGCAAUUUGUAGCAGCGCAGCUGCGCGGGAAAAAGCCUCUGAUUGGUUGUGCCCUGGAAACGGGGUGCUGUUUGGGGUUUUUGCAGUGGCAUAAAUGAGUUCUAUUUGCGAAGGGCUUGUAGCUCAAUGAGUAGCAUGUCUGCUUUGCAUGCAGAAGAUCUCAAGUUUCAAUCACUUGGCACCUGCAUGUUAGGACUUGGGAAAGCCCGUAAGUCAAAAGAAAGUUUUCAGAAUCAUAACCUUAACGUAUCGGAGAACUGGGCACAAGCUAGCAAAAUGAAUUUCAGCAGGGAAAAUUGUCAGGUUCUGCACUUAGGCAGGAAGAAUCAGCUGCACAAAUAUAAGACGGGACACCUGGCUUACUAGCAGCACAUGUGAAAAGGAUCUAGCUGAACAUGAGACCACAGUGUGAUGCAGCAGCAAAAAAGGCUAAUGCUGUUCUAGGCUGCAUCAACAGAAGUCUAGUUUCCAGAUCAGGGGUCAGCAAACUUACGGCGCCUUGGGCCGGUGUCUCCAGCGCCGAUUGCGCGGCGGGGGAGCGCAUGCCCAUACAUGUGCGCGCACACUAUUUCCGGCGCACUUCCGGGUCGGAGGAGCACCGGAAAUAGCUUCUGCGCAUGUGCACAGGCCUCCGACCCGGAUGUGCACUGGAAAUAACGCUUGCGCCUGCGCAAAUAAUGCUUGCGCCUGCGCACAAGCUAUUUCCGGUGCUCCUCCGACCCGGAAGUGGGCAGCCGUGCGGUGCAGCCCCGGUAAGAGCAGGCAGUGGGGGUCGUCGUGGGCCGGAUAAAUGAGUCCCUCGGGCCUUAUCCGGCCUGCGGGCCUUAGUUUGGGGACCCCUGGCCCAGAUCAGGGGAAGUCAUAGUCCCAGUCUAUUCUGCCUUGGUCAGGCCACACCUGGAAUGCUGUGUCCAGUUCUGGGCGCCACAGUUUAAGAAGGAUACAGUGGUACCUCGGGUUAAGUACUUAAUUCGUUCCGGAGGUCCGUUCUUAACCUGAAACUGUUCUUAACCUGAAGCACCACUUUAGCUAAUGGGGCCUCCUGCUGCUGCCGCGCCACCGCUGCACGAUUUCUGUUCUCAUCCUGAAGCAAAGUUCUUAACCUGAAGCACUAUUUCUGGGUUAGCGGAGUCUGUAACCUGAAGUGUAUGUAACCUGAAGCGUCUGUAACCCGAGGUACCACUGUAUUGACAAGCUAUAACAUGUGCAGAGGAGGGCACCCAAAAUGAUCAAGGGUCUGGAAACUAGAUGGUUGGACUAGAUGACCCUAGUCCUCCAUGAGGACUAGAAUCUUGGGUUUUUUGGGGGGGGAGGGAAGGGAUUUAGCUCAGCGGUAGGGCAUCUCUUUUGCAUGCGGAAUGUCCCAGGUUCAAUACCUGACAUUUCCAGUUAGGGCUGGGAGAGACUCCAAAUACCCAAAACACUUUGAUAGCUGCUGCCAGUCAGUGUGGACAAUACCAAGGUAGAUGAACCGACGGUCUGACUGGCUUUCGGGCAGCUUCCUGUGAUACUGCCAUCUAGCAAUCGUGGAGCCCUUGCUUUAGCAAUGCAGCGAUGUUAGCGAACGGAAGUCAGGGUGGUGUAGCAAUUAGACCAGGACCUGGGACUCGGAGACCUGGGUUCAAAUCCCCACUCGGCCAGGAAGCUAGCCGGGUGACCUUGGGCCACUCACUGCCUCCCAGACUAACCUACCUCGCAGGGUUGUUGAGGGGAUUAAAUGAGGAGGGGGAGAGCCGUGUACGCCCCCGAGCUCCUCUGAGAAAAGUCUGGGACAGAAAUACAACAAGUAAUAAUAAUAAUUUGAGGGGUAGGGCUGUUUCUUAGGGGUAGAGCAUGCGAAGGGAUCCAGGAAGGGCUGGAAGAGAGCUCUUCUUCCUCAAGAGAGCUCUUCUUCCUCAAACGCUGGAGCCACUUGCCAGCCAGGCAGCUUCCAAUAUUCCUCUUUGAACGGGACUUUUAUUCCGAGCCAGGACUAGCAUCUUACUUUAUUUACCGUAUUUUUUGCUCUAUAGGACGCACUUUUUCCCCUCCAAAAAUUAAGGGGAAAUGUGUGUGCGUCCUAUGGAGCGAAUGCAGGCUCCCUGGCUUCAGCGCUCUGGAGGCUUCGCGUUGCUUUCGAUGAAGCCGGGAGAGUCUGGUCUUUGAGACUGGCGGUGGGGGAAAGCAGCGCUUCCCCCCACCGCCAGCCCCACAGGCUUGGGGGGCAGCGGGAAGGCGCACGACGCCUUCGCGCUACUCCCCUACCUGGUUUUGAGGCUGGCGGUGGGGGAAAGCAGCGCUUCCCCCCACCGCCAGCCCCACAAGCUGGAUUCCCCCACCUCCCGCAAAAGCCAUGCGCUCUUUAAAGGCUGCGCGGUUUCUGUGGGCUUUUCUACAAGGUGGGGGAAUUCCCCCACCUCAUAGAAAAGCCCGCAGGAGCCGUGCAGCCUUUAAAGAGCCCGCCGCUCUUGGGGGCUUUUCCCCAAGGAGGGAGAAGGGACUGACUGGCCGAGUCCCUUCUCCUGUGGGCUUUUGCGGGAGAUGGGGGAAUUCCCCCACCUCCCGCAAAAGCAGGGAGAAGUCUGGGAGAAGUGCAGGGGCUGCAUGCAGCCUGUCCACUGUUCCCAGAGCUGGGGGGGAGGAAUCAUAUUUUUUCCCUUGAUUUCCCCCUCUGAAAACUAGGUGCUCCCUAUGGUCAGGUGCGCCCUAUGGAGCGAAAAAUACGGUAUUCGUUUGUUUAUUGAAACAGACGGCUUGAUUGUCAGAACAAAAGCCAAUAUAAACUCAGAGCGGUUAACAACAACAAAAAGAAACUUGCUGCAUGCCUGGAUGUUGUCAAGUAGGACCAACCCGUGUCUGAAACCCUGGAUAACUGCUGCCUGCCUGUGUAGACACUAUUGAGCUAGCUGGGUCAAGGACCUGCCUUGGUACAAGACUGCUUCCUGCUUCUGUCUUUAAACGGGUCCUGUGUUCAAAACCUUGAGGACUAGAAUCUUUCUUUAUCUAUUGGGGACGAGCCAAUAGCUCCUCUGCUUUGCAUGCAGCAGGUCCCAAAUUCAAUCCCCAAAAGCUUGAAAUCCUGGAGAGAUGCUGCCGGUCCGUGUGGACAGUACUGAGCCCUGACGGACCCUUGCUCAAAACCAUGAGGACUUGUUGUUGUUGUUUAGUCAUUUAGUCGUGUCCGACUCUUCGUGACCCCCUGGACCAGAGCACGCCAGGCCCUCCUGUCUUCCACUGCCUCCCGCAGUUUGGUCAAACUCAUGCUGGUAGCUUCGAGAACACUGUCCCACCAUCUGGUCCUCUGCCGUCCCCUUCUCCUUGCGCCCUCCAUCUUUCCCAACAUCAGGGUCUUUCCCAGGGAGUCUUCUCUUCUCAUGAGGUGGCCAAAGUCUUGGAGCCUCAGCUUCAGGAUCUGUCCUUCCAGUGAGCACUCAGGGCUGAUUUCCUUCAGAAUGGAUAGGUUUGAUCUUCUUGCAGUCCAUGGGACUCUCAAGAGUCUCCUCCAGCACCAGAAUUCAAAAGCAUCCAUUCUUCAGCGAUCAGCCUUCCUUAUGGUCCAGCUCUCACUUCCAUCCAUCACUACUGGGAAAACCAUGGCUUUAACUAUACGGACCUUUGUUGGCAAGGUGAUGUCUCUGCUUUUUAAGAUGCUGUCUAGGGUUGUCAUUGCUUUUCUCUCAAGAAGCAGGCGUCUUGGACAAACUCCAUGGACAAAGACAACAGGCAUGAGGACUAGUAUCUUACUUAAUUUGGAGCGGAGAAGCGAUAUCAUUUUAUGUUGUUGAACUGCCCCGAGACCUGUGGCUGUAGUUUGGUAUACAAAUUUAAUGAAUAAUAGUAAUAAUAAAUACAUCGUUUAGGGGAUGUCCCUUGCCCGAAAGCCCAGAGAGCCUCUGCUGGUCAGUGCAGACAAUAUUAAGUUUGAUGGAGCAGAGACCGGGUGUGGCAUCAGGCAGCAACUUGCACCCCUGUUCCCAUCACAAGGUGUUGCCUGGACAUGAAACAGGUUGGAGAUGUGGCUCAGAGGCUAGAAAGCAGCGUUUACGAGAGGCUUCACCUCUCUACAGAGUCAUCUCGGUUGCGAAGGGCUGGCUGCCGGCCAGAGACCGAACCAUCUGUGAACUCCCCACCCACAGAGCCUUCUGAGAUUCCUUCCUGGCUCCUGGGAAGAGAUCCGGUGGUGGAAUUUCUCACCCGGCAGCGCAAAGAUGUGGAAAGUGUCAUCUAGCCCCAGGAAGAAAAUUGUUUGAGCUCCUCCUCAAUCCUCCCGUAAUCUUAAUUUCCUUCUGAACGGUGCUGGGUUGCACGCUUGUGAAAACAAGACGCAGCCGCCUGCAAAUAAGAAGGCUUGCAUUUCCAGUCUCUUGGUCUGGUUGUAGCUAUAAAACCCCAAACGCCCAAUUGAGCCGGCGCCACUCUCUCCCAGCCCUGCCCUCUUCUGAUAUCCUUACGGAGCUUCCAGGCGCAGUGGCAGUCUACCUUGAUUCCGACAUUCUUUGAAGCGUUUGGCUGGAUGGGGGGCAAGAUGGGCCAUUGGCCUGCCCAGCUACACGGAUUUUCUGAUGUUCUUGGCAGACCGGUGGUGGUGGUGAUAAUAAUAAUAAUAAUAAAUUUAUUAUUUAUACCCUGCCCAUCUGGCUGGGUUUCCCCAGCCACUCUGGGCAGCUUCCAACAGAACACUAAAAUACAAUAACCUAUUAAACAUUAAAAGCUUCCCUAAACAGGGCUGCCUUCAGAUGUCUUCUAAAAGUUUGUUAGUUGUUCUUCUCUUUGCCAUCCGGUGGGAGGGUGUUCCACAGGGCGGGCGCCACCACCGAGAAGGCCCUCUGCCUGGUUCCCUGUAACUUGGCUUCUUGCAGGGAGGGAACCGCCAGAAGGCCCUCGGAGCUGGACCUCUGUGUCCGGGCAGAACGAUGGGGGUGGAGACGCUCCUUCAGAUCUACUGGACCAAGGCUGUUAGGGCUUUAAAGGUCAGCACCAACACUUUGAAUUGUGCUCAAAAACGUACUGGGAGCCAAUGUAGGUCUUUCAAGACCGGUGUUAUGUGGUCUUGGCGGCUGCUCCCAGUCACCAGUCUAGCUGCCGCAUUCUGGAUUAGUUGUAGUUUCUGGGUCACCUUCAAAGGUAGCCCCACAUAGAGCACAUUGCAGUAGUCCAAGCAGGAGAUAACUAGAGCAUGCACCACUCUGGCCAGACAGUCCGCGGGCAGGGAGGGUCUCAUCCUGCGUACCAGAUGGAGCUGAUAAACAGCUGUCCUGGACACAGAACUGACCUGCGCCUCCAUGGACAGCUGUGAGUCCAAAAUGACUCCCAGGCUGCGCACCUGGUCCUUCAGGGGCACAGUUACCCCAUUCAGGACCAGGGAGUCCUCCACACCUGCCCGCCUCCUGCCCCCCAAAAACAAUACUUCUGUCUUGUCAGGAUUCAGCCUCAAUCUGUUAGCCGCCAUCCAUCCUCCAACCGCCUCCAGGCACUCACACAGAACCUUCACCGUCUUCACUGGUUCUGAUUUAAAGGAGAGGUAGAGGAUACAGACUUCCCAGGUAAAAUUCAUCAAGGAGUGUUCAGGGUUCAAUGUGGCCUCCAGCCCUCCCUACCCGGCCCCCAGGAGCCUCCCUCUCUGGCCUGCCAUUCAAGUGCUUCUGAUUAGCCGCAAAUGUAUCCUCAGAACCGUGAUGCAAGGAAGUAUAUAGAAACCUCUGAAUUUCUGGGGGCUAUUGCCUUUGGCCCCGGCCACCACCACAUGCGGCCCCCACGGAACAUUGUCUGCAAGGAAUCUGCCCCUCCAAAAAGGUUUCUCCUACUCGUGCCUUGCACGCCCCAAGUAACUUGCACCUUCAGGAAUAACCAGAGUGCCUCUAAGCAUAUUCAGAGUGCCAAGUGUCUCCAAGAAACAAGCCACACACGCUCUGCGUUUAGGAGGCUGGAGUGGACAGGAACUCUGGGUAAGCUCAACAAAUGAAAGGCAAGUGGUUCUGUAGGAAGAGCUGAAGUGGGGGGGGGCACCUAGCCCAGCGCCCUGGGAGUGCCAGGAACCCGCAAUCAGGACCCCAGGAAAAGAGAAGGGGGUGGCUGGGUCAAUGUGCCCUUUUGAUUUCCCCCUGCCAAUCUCGUUAGAAUAAAUAAAACACUCUUGGCAGCCAGUGCUGGAAAUUAGCCAGGCACGUUUUGCAGCUGGCGCAGUUCCACUUGCGCCUAUGUAGAGAUCUCUGGGUGCCAGGCUGACGAGUGGCUCCUCCAGCCUUCCUCAGCAGGUAAGCAGAACAUCUUAUUUUUGGGUUCACAUCCCACCUUCUUCUCCAAGGAGUACAUGGUUCAUCCCUGCUCCUCGGUUAAGCCCUACGACGACCCUGUGAGGUAGGUCUCGCCAGAGUGGCGCAUGCUCUGGUUAUCUCUCACUUGGACUACUGCAAUGCGCUCCAUGUGGGGCUACCUUUGAAGGUGACCCAGAAACUGCAACUACAGUCAUACCUCGGGUUACAGACGCUUCAGGUUGCAUUUUUUCAGGUUACGGACGCGCCGAAACCCAGAAGUACGGGAAUGGGUUACUUCCGGGUUUCGGCGGCUGUGCAUGCACAGAAGUGCUAAACUGUGCUUUGCGCAUAUGCUACAGCGUCGAAUUGCAACCCACACGUGCAAAGACGCGCUGCUGCAGGUUGCGAACGCUGCAGGUUGCGAACGUGCAUCCCGCACGGAUCACAUUCACAAUCUGAGCGUCCACGGUAAUCCAGAAUGCGGCAGCUAGACUGGUGACUGGGAGCAGCCGCUGAGACCACAUAACACUGGUCCUGAAAGACCUACAUCCCAGUACGUUUCUGAGCACAAUUCAAAGUGUUGGUGCUGACCUUUAAAGCCCUAAACAGCCUCAGCCCAGUAUACCUGAAGGAGCGUCUCCACCCCCAUCGUUCUGCCCGGACACUGAGGUCCAGCUCCGAGGGCCUUCUGGUGGUUCCCUCGCUGCAAGAAGCUAAGUUACAGGGAACCAGGCAGAGGGCCUUCUCAGUGGUGGCACCCGCCCUGUGGAACACCCUGCCACCAGAUGUCAAGGAAAUAAACAACUAUCUGACUUUUAAAAGACAUCUGAAGGCAGCCCUGUUUAGGGAAUUUUUUUAAUGUUGAUGUUUUAUCGUGUUUUUAAUAUUCUGUUGGGAGCCGCCCAGAGUGGCUGGGGAGGCCCGGCCAAAUGAGCAGGGUAGAAGUAAUUAAAUUGUUGGUGGUGGUGGUUAUUGGUAAAGAGGCUGAGACUGAGGUCACCCAGUGAACUUCAUGGCGGAGUGGGGAUUUGAACCCAGACCUCUCAGGUUCUGGUCCGACACGCCCCACCCUGGCUUCCUAGAGUACUUCUGCUCUAUAAAUUAAGGAGGCAAAUAAAAAUGGGAAAGCAAAAUGUCACUUAGAGAAGGAGAUGGGAAUAUUCUUUUCUGGAAGCUUGAAUUGAUUUUGGUUCUGGAUUGAUUUAUUUGACGCUUUAAUGUGUUGUAAACUGCUUUGAUAUUUGUUCUUCAAAAUGUAAAGCGGUAUAGAAAUGAUCACCAUCACCCCACCGGGAGAGGAGGGGAACCCGGCGCUUGGAGAUUCCUUCGUGACUGGAUUAUAUAUCUGAGUUUCAAACAUGGUUGGCAACACCUUAGGAAGCCUGUUGCAAGUCCUUUGCCUUGCAGAGGAGUAAAUGAAGGCAAGGCCAGACAAGAUAAGAGAAUAAGAACAUAAGAACACAGAGAACUAAUGAUUAAGAAAAAACCCCAGUGCCAAAAUUACAAUGGAGAGGGACACACCAUCUCACCGCAGACAGAUCGAUGGCGCUGCCAGCCCACACUGGACCGGUCUGGAGCAGCUCAGGCAGAAUUUGACCCCAUUCAACCGUCCAAAAAACCCCAGACUUUUUUGCCAACUGGGUCAAGAUGUAAUUUUGUCCCAGUCGCUGAACUUCGCAGAGUUUGGCAAGAGCAAAACCGAGAACAACAGCAGGAGACUCUGAGGGUUGUGGGUUCGAGAGUCCCACGUGGGGCAAAAGAUCCCUGCGCUAAAGGGGGUUGGACUAGAUGACCCUGAGGGUCCCAAUUCUACGGUUCUCUGACAUGAAAUGCAUCGUUGAGAGGGCAGGGGAAAGAGAGACAAGAGAUAGCUGGUGGUCAGGGGAACAUUUGCAAACAUGACUUCGUGCCAAAUCAAUAAAACAUUGAAUAUGAAGCCCCCGACGUGGUAAGAUUUGCCACCACAAGUCAGGGCAAGACUCAAGAGGUUUGCGGCGAUGCCAAUUUGGGAAAGGAAAAGUUCUGCCCAGACACGGUCCUGGUCCCAAUUGCUUCCAUCUGAAGAAAGGGCCAGCAUUUGGGACCUUUUGGUUUGGAGAGAAGACAAGGAAGAGGCAACAUGAUAGGAAACGGGCAGAGAGGAGAUUUUCCUCCCUCUCUCACAACACUGGGACUCACGGAGAUCCGAGGAAGCAGAAGGUUGGAAGGUUUGGGGCAAGGAAGGACUUAUUCACACAGAACGGAGAUGAACUGCGGAACUCCCUGCCACAGGGAGGCAGGCAGGGCCUAAAGGUAAAGGGACCCCUGACUAUUAGGUCCAGUCUUGGCCGACUCUGGGGUUGUGGCGCUCAUCUCGCUUUACUGGCCGAGGGAGCCGGCGUACAGCUUCCGGGUCAUGUGGCCAGCAGGACUAAGCCGCUUCUGGCGAACCAGAGCAGCGCACGGAAACACCUUUUACCUUCCCGCCGGAGCGGGACCGAUUUAUCUACUUGCACUUUGAUGUGCUUUCGAACUGCUAGGUUGGCAGGAGCUGGGACCGAGCAACAGGAGCUCACCUCGUGGCAGGGAUUCGAACCGCCAACCUUCUGAUUGGCAAGUCCUGGGCUCUGUGGUUUAACCCACAGCGAGGACUGGGCAAAUGAGUGGUUAUUAAUGGCAGCAAUGAGAACAGGAUCCUGGCCUAAUCCAGCUGAGGUCUUCUCACGUUCUGAUGGAACCUCCAGGCCCAGAAGAAGUCUACCUUGAUUCCUAGGUUCUAGGCCUAUGACCCUCAUACCUAUGGGACUGCCUCUCCCGAUAUGCCCUGCAGAGGACCUUAAGGUCCAUAAAUAGCAACACCCUAGAGGUCCUGGGCCCUAAGGAAGUCAGAUUAGCCUCAACCAGAGCCAGGGCCUUUUCAGUACUGGCCCCAAUCUGGUGGAACGCUCUGUCUCAUGAGACCAGGGCUCUGCAGGAUCUGAUUUCUUUCCGCAGGGCCUGUAAGACAGAGUUGUUCCGCCUGGCCUUUGGCUUGGAAUCAACUUGAUCCCCUUCCCCUCUUUCUUUUUUCCUUCCUCCUUCUGUGUUGGAACUCGUAUUUGGGGACUUCCGUGUCUUUUUUCUGGCCCAUGUAGGACCAGUCUGAAUAGUUGGCCUUGGUAAUGAUUUGACGUUUUCAUCCCCAAAAAAGUUUUUGAUUUGAGUUUCUACUGAAAUGAGGCUGCAUUUUAAUGUUGUAGUUUAAUCUUGCUUUUAAGUUGUUGUUUUUUUGUGUGUGUUUAUAUUAAUAACUUGUAAUAUAUGGAUUUGUGUGUUUUUUUUAGUUGUUGCUUUUUUAGUUUUUCGAAUGUUGGUUUUUGUGUGUUGUGUAUUGUUAUUUUUCGUGUUGUUGUGUGGAAAAUACUAAUAAAAUUUAGUUAAUAAUAAUAAUAAUAAGUUGUAUUUUAAUCAAUUGUUUUAUACCUGGUGUUAGCUGGCCUGAGCCCAGUCUUGGCUGGGGAGGGCGGGGUAUAAAUAAAAUUUAUCAUUAUUAUUAUUAUUAUUAUUUGGGGCAUUUGGCCACAGCGAGAGCAGGAGGUCGGAGCAGGUAGGCAACUGACCCACUCCAGCUAAAAGGGCUCUUUGUAUAUAUAUUUUUAAAGCAGCCCAUUCCAAGCAGGAAAGCAGAGGAUAGAAACCGGAGUUAACUGCAUAUCUACCGGGUCUGUGUGCAUGUGCGUGAGGGAGGCAGAGACUGCAAGAGGACAGAUGGGAGUUUGCCCAAUCUCUCUUCCCACAUGACGGGCAAAGGUCACAGUCGGUGGACUCUGCUCCUCAUCGGGCUGCAACGCGAUGCACACUUAAGCAGAAUGGGAAUCUAUUAACACCGAGCAUUUAUUAACACACGCCCAGAGAUUAACAGGCAUUGCGUGUCCUUACGACAUCCACACAAGGCGUAUUACGAGCCAGGCUGCAGCCAGGGCAGGUAGCCCAGGGCAAAAGUGGGCUUCAGGUCUCCUCUCUUGAGGACUAGCCACUUGCAGACGCUCUCUUAACACAAGACCCCCGCCAGGAAUGGCUGACCUUGUGCGCAUGUCCUUCCGCAGGACCUGUAAGACAGAGCUAUUCCGCCUGGCUUUCAACUUGAACUUAGCCUGAUCUUUUGCUCCCCUUCCUUCCUUCCCCCUCCCCUUUUUAUGAAGAUUACCUGCUCUGAGACCCCACAGCUAAUUCUCCCCUGGUCUCCUCGCUGGCCCAAACAGGACUAAUUUAGCCAGCUUGCCCUGGUGAUCAUCUAAUGUUUAUUGGAUGGUUUUCCCCCCUAAAUUGAUUUUUUGAAUUCUGAAUUUAUUGUUAUUCAUGUUUCAUACUGAAUUUUAUGCUGUUUUUUUGUUGCAUCAAUUAAGUGUUUUAAAUUUGUUGUUAGCUGCCCUGAGCCCGGUUUUUGAACUGGGAAGGGCAGGGUAACUGUGCCCCUGAAGGACCAGGGGCGCAGCCUGGGAGUCAUUUUGGACUCACAGCUGUCCAUGGAGGCGCAGGUUAAUUCUGUGUCCAGGGCGGCUGUCUACCAGCUCCAUCUGGUACGCAGGCUGAGACCCUAUCUGCUGCGGACUGCCUCGCCAGAGUGGUGCAUGCUCUGGUUAUCUCCCGCUUGGACUAUGGCAAUGCGCUCUAUGUGGGGCUACCUUUGAAGGCGGCCCAGAAACUACAACUAAUCCAGAGUGCGGCAGCCAGACUGGUGACUGGGAGCGGCCGCCGAGACCACAUAACACCAGUCUUGAAAGACCUACAUUGGCUCCCAGGACGUUUCCGAGCACAAUUCAAAGUGUUGGUGCUGACCUUGAAAGCCCUAAACGGCCUCGGCCCAGUAGACCUGAAGGAGCGUCUCCACCCCCAUCGUUCAGCCCGGACGCUGAGGUCCAGCUCCGAGGGCCUUCUGGUGGUUUCCUCAUUGCGAGAAGCAAAGCUACAGGGAACCAGGCAGAGGGCCUUCUCGGUAGUGGCACCUGCUGUGUGGAACGCCCUCCCACCAGAUGUCAAAGAGAAAAAUAACUACCAAACUUUUAGAAGACAUCUGAAGGCAGCCCUGUUUAGGGAAGCUUUUAAUGUUUAAUAGGUUAUUGUAUUUUAGUGUUCUGUUGGAAGCCACCCAGAGUGGCUGGGGAAAUCCAGCCAGAUGGACGGGGUAUAAAUAAUAAAUUAUUAUUAUUAUUAUUAUUAUUCAGGCAUGUCGAAUCCCCUUGCUUGUUCGGAUAGAGGUGUGUGUGCUUAGAAACCCUUGUUUGGUUUAGAACUAAGUUCUACUUUGAGUAAACCCAUUGAAAUCAAUGGACCAAAGUUAGUUGUGCUGAAUAUUUCGCUGUUUCCGGUGAGUCUGCUGUCAUUGGCUGCAACCCUCUGAAGUUGCAUGGCUGGGACGUUGUCCCCUGGACAAAGGGAACAGCUGCGUCGCUGGCUCCAUCCACUUUUGCCCCUGGCUCCGCCCGCUGCCACCCAGGGGGGGGGAGGUAUCUGCAAGUCAAUGUGGCCCCUGAGCUGUGGGGGAAAUGAUUCCUUGCUCUGGUGUAGUAGAAACAAAUCACUCUAAAUAAAGGGGGAACUAUUUUGACUUUGGUUUCUUUGGCACCAUGCAUUCAAAGCUCUGCGAUGACACUUUGAACAGGCAUGGCUUCCCCUCCCCAGGAAUUCUGGGAGUUGUAGUUUGUUAAGGAUGCUGAGAGCUGUCAGGAGAGAGACCCCCUAUUCCAGGGACUACAACUCCCAUCAUCCCUAGCUAACAGGACCAGUGGUCAGGGAUGAUGGGAACUGUAGUCCCAAAACAUCUGGAGGGCCAAGUUUGGGGGUGCCUGACCUGUUCCCUCUCGCUGAACUACAAUUCCCAGAACUCCCUGUGAAGAGAGAUUGAUGGAUAAACCGCUCUGGGAAUUGUAGCUGUAGCAGAGAAACGCUGGGGUUCCCCUCCUAACAGCACUCUGUACCCUUAGCCAAACUUCAGUUCCCAGGGUUCUUUGCAGGAGGGGAGACACGGGCAUUUAAAGUGGUACCGUAGGGCUUUAAAUACAGUGGUACCUUGGGUUAAGAACUUAAUUCUUUCUGGAGGUCCGUUCUUAACCUGGAACUGUUCUUAACCUGAGGUACCACUUUAGCUAAUGGGACCUCCUGCCGCCACUGCGCAAUUUCUGUUCUCAUCCUGAAAAAAAGUUCUUAACCUGAGGUACUAAUUCUGGGUAUGGGACGCGGGUGGCGCUGUGGGUUAAACCACUGAGCCUAGGACUUGCCGAUCAGAAGGUUGGCGGUUCGAAUCCCUGCCACGGGGUGAGCUCCCAUUGCACGGUUCCUGCCCCUGCCCACCUAGGAGUUCGAAAACACAUCAAAGUGCAAGUAGAUAAAUAGGUACCGCUCUGGCGGGAAGGUAAACGGCGUUUCCGUGCGCUGCUCUGGUUCGCCAGAAGUGGCUUAGUCCUGCUGGCCACAUGACCCGGAAGCUGUACGCCGGCUCCCUCGGCCAAUAAAGCGAGAUGAGCGCCGCAACCCCAGAGUCGGUCACAACUGGACCUAAUGGUCAGAGGUGCUUUUACCUUUACUAAUUCUGGGUUAGCGGAGUCUGUAACCUGAAGCAUCUGUAACACGAGGUACCACUGUACGUGGUGUGAACAUGGGCUCUGAGCUGUCUACCCGUCAUCUCUCCCAGCUGGAAACUGCCUUUCCUCACUCACCCUGUUUCUGUUUUCUUCAUUUUCGCAGGAUGUUCCAGACAUUAUGCAACUACUUCUGGUGGGACCGGCUCUGGCUGCCGUCCAACCUCACCUGGGCGGACGUCGAAUUCAGCGAAGGCCGCGUGGCCCCGAAGUCCAGCGACUUGUAUAUCACCAUCCCUCUGGCGUUUGUCUUCCUCAUCAUCAGGCACUUCUUUGAAACGUGAGUACGAUGGCCUAUUUGGGGUAAACCAGGGGGAAGGGGGACAAGGAGCGAGGUCCCUGCGUAGUAGGCUAGGCUGUGAGGUGGGGACUGGCCCCACGGGGUCAACACCCAGCAAAUUUCUGAUUGGCUGGAACAAAAAAAAAAGAGAGAGAGACGCUUGUGGAACCUCCAGGUCCAGGGGCAGUCUAUCUGAAUUCCUUGGUUCUUAGGGGCAUUGGGCCACCGCGAGGACAGCACGCCAGACCCAAUGCACCUUUUCUGGCCUGAUCCUGCUGCCAGGCCGUUCCAUCCCCACGGAAAGCCGCAAACCUUGACCGCUCGUCCUGGGAAGGAGGGUCGGCCCUGCGUGGGCGCUGCGGAUUCCUGGAGAGUUUUGGGGCAAAGGCGAGACGCUUUUCUCCCUGUGCCCGGAUCCCGCGCCAAGUCCUAAGGAAACAAUUGGAGGCAAAUCGGGUGGGGGGAGGGCAGCAAGGCUCUGGCAUCAGCCUUGACCCAGCCAUGGGCCCUUGGCAUAAUUGUGGCAUUGUGUCAACUGCCAGCGUUUGUCUGCGGAGGGGGCGACAAACCCCAUGAAGUCAGCAGCGCCCGCGGACUGGCCUGAGACGGCCAGGCCGGAGAAUUAAAGAGCAAUUAUUUAUCACAGUUGACCAUUCCACCCCCCCCCCCUCCUUCUCCACAGAAGAUGGAGACAAUCAGAGCAUUGUUUGAGAGGCUGGCCUCUGUGUGUAUGUUAUUUUUUACGGUGCAGCAAUGUUGGAGAGAGCAUGAGAAGAGUUGCCAUUUAGCUCUAGGAUAGCCUCAACAAGGGGGGGGGUUGGGGGGCAGGCUGAUGGGGGGAUAUUGGGGGCUGUGUGCCCCCUUGUAACAAAUCCCUUCAGCACUGCAGAUCUCCAGAGGCUCAGUUUAGGACGGCCUUACUGGAUUCCUCUCAUAAAAUUGCCCCGAAGGACCAGGUGCGCAGCCUGGGAGUCAUUCUGGACUCACAGCUGUCCAUGGAGACGCAGGUCAAUUCUGUGUCCAUGGCAGCUCCAUCUGGGACGCAGGAUGAGACCCUCUCUCCCCGCAGACUGUCUUGCCAGAGUGGCGCAUGCUCUAGUUAUCUCUUGCUUGGACUGCUGCAAUGCGCUCUGCGUGGGGCUACCUUUGAAGGUGACCCGGAAACUACAACUAAUCCAGAAUGCGGCAGCUAGACUGGUGACUGGGAGCGGCCGCCGAGACCACAUAACCCCAGUCUUGAAAGACCUACAUUGGCUCCCAGUACUUUUCCAAUCACAAUUCAAAGUGUUGGUGUUGAUCUUUAAAGCCCUAAACAGCCUCAGUCCUGUAUACCUGAAGGAGCGUCUCCACCCCCAUCGUUCAGCCUGGACACUGAGAUCCAGCACCGAGGGCCUUCUGGCAGUUCCCUCACUGCAAGAAGCUAAGUUACAGGGAACCAGGCAGAGGGCCUUCUCAGUGGUGGCGCCCACCUUGUGGAACGCCCUCCCAUCAUGUGUCAGGGAAAUAAACAACUACCUAACAUUUAGAAGACAUCUGAAGGCAGCCUUGUUCAGGGAAGUUUUAAAUGUGUGGCAUUUUAAUGUAUUUUUAAUCUUUGUUGGAAACUGCCAAGAGUGGCUGGGGAAACCCAGCCAGAUGGGCAGGGUACAAAUAAUAAAUUAUUAUUAUUAUUAUUUGAUUGUAAAGCGGGGAAGCAGGGAAUGAAACCCUGAGAUUAUCUCAGAUGGAGGAGGGCAACUGUUGGAAACCUUCACGUAAUAAUCUAAGCCGAAAACCCGCAUUAAAAUGCCUGCAGGCGUUCCACACGUCUGGAUACGGUACGGCCUGCCUGCACAAAGAUGUUUAGGCGCCGAAAAGAAUUCAGCGAAAGAGCCUGCCUGACGUCAAUAGGCAGGGAGUUCCAAAGUGUAACGGGAUUUCCUACAAACGCAGAGCGAGUAUUAGGUGGGACUUGCAACAGUUCUGCAGACUGGAGUGGCCGGGUGGGUUUAUGUGGGGUGAAGAGGUCGGAUGGCUAUCUGUCCUGGAUGCUUUAGCGGAGAUUCCUGUGUUGCAGGGAGGGGGGGUUGGACUAGAUGACCCUGUGGGGUCCCUACAAUUCUAUGAAUUCAUGUGAGGCCCAGCAUUUACUGGGAUCCCCAGUUCCCUGCUUUGCAUGCAGACGGUCCCAGAUUCGAAUUCUGACAUUUCUAGGUAGGGCUGUGAAUACACCCCUCCCUGCCUGAAACCCCAAAGAGACACUGCCAGUCAGUGCAGGAAGUACUGAACUAGAUGGACCAAGGGUCCGGCUCAGUAUAAGGCUGCCUCCUCUGUUUGCAUUCAAUUCAGCCCUUUAUGCAGAAUGAGGACUAGAAUCUUGCUUUUUUUCCUGGAAAGAGGGCUGUAGCAAUCCCCCAGGACUGGACUGGAAAAAGACUCCAUGCCCGAAGCCUGCCAACAAGUUAAAUGUUAAAUCGGUCCUACAUUCAGGACCAUGAGGACUGGAAUCUUAGUAUUGCUUUAAAAGAAGAUCUGUAGAUCAGGGGUGGAGCCUCUGCUUCGGAGACAGAAAAGUUCGGGCUCGAUCUCCUUGUCUGAACCGCUGGAGAGCGGCUGCCAGUCAGUGUAGGCAGUCAUGAGCUGGAUGCACUCCAGUGGUCGGACUCUGUAUGAAGCCAGCUUCCUCCGUUAAUUCGUGCCACAUCUGAUGGGUUCAGCGCUCCAACCUUCCUCAAAGGAAGCCCUGCUGCAGAAGUCCGUAAAAUUUAACGGCCGUUUCUGUUUUGGCACCGGAAACUGCUACAGAAUCCUAACGUUGUGUUUCUUUUCUUUCGUCCCCUCUCUUCCCUUUCCGUUGUUCUCUUCUGCCCCCUAGAUACGUGGCAACUCCGCUAGCGGCUCUUUUGAACGUCAAGGAGAAAGUGCGGUUAAAAGCCACUCCGAAUUCCGUCCUAGAGAAAUUUUAUACGACGUCCUGUAAACACCCCAAACAGGUAACUUUGCCAGGGAGGUCAUGUCUGAGAGAGGAAGAAAGUGGGGGUGUUCUUUGUAUCACACAUUUAAAUACUAUGAUUCUGCUUUGAACAGCCAUUACUUCCUCUCAAAGAAUCCUGGGAACUGUAGUUUGUGAACUGUAGUUUGUCAGUUUGGGAACUGAGAGUUCUUAGAAGAUUCACAUACCAUUACCGAGCUACAAUUCCCAGAGCGGUUUAACGAUCCAUCCCUAAUAAUAACAAUAAUUUAUACCCUUCCUUUUCCCCUGACGGGACUCAAGGCAGCUUACAGAUAAAAACAGGAACCGCUCAAAACAUAGAGAACUCUGGGAAUUUUAGCUCUGUAAAGGGGACCAAGGUUUCCUGUGUGGCGGGGGUAUUGUAGUACUUUAAAUGGACGGUAUGACAGUGGUAGCGGUCAGGAUUUUUCGCAAUACGUGAGAGGAGGUUUUCACAGAGGAGACUCGAAGGCCGCCUUCUACCCGGAGACAUGGAAAAUGUUUCUCUCAGCUUCCUCAUUUAGAGCAUUUUUGCCCAAUACUCUUAAGCCAGAAAGGCUUCCAGCGUCCAGUCAAUUAAAACAAAACAGUCCCUGCCCACAGGCUUACAGUCAUAGAAAAGAAAAAAGACACGGCACACGAGGAAGAAGGGACAGGGUGGGCAGAGGAAAAACGUGCUCAGGUGCCACUUUUUUAAUAGUAACUCUUGCAGUGACCAGCUGGUAUAGAAAAAGUCCUGGGUCAGAAGGCACCUAAUGGAGCUGGUCUUCUGCCAGAGCUGAUGGCCCAAGCCUCUGGCUUGCCAUUUCUCCCACCAAGGCGUCCGGAUGAAGCCUCUUGAAAAAUCAUUUGGCUUGUUGCUGGCACCACGCGGCCCGUGCCAAUACUUGUUGUGGACAUACGCUCUGAACUCCCAGUUGAUGCAUCUGGGUAAUUAAGCCUAUAAAGGUAAAGGGACCCCUGACCAUUAGGUCCAGUCGUGACCGACUCUGGGGUUGCGGCGCUCAUCUCGCUUUACUGGCCGAGGGAGCCGGCGUACAGCUUCCGGGUCAUGUGGCCAGCAGGACUAAGCCGCUUCUGGCGAACCAGAGCAGCGCACAGAAACGCUGUUUACCUUCCCGCCAGAGUGGUACCUAUUUAUCUACUUGCACUUUGAUGUGCUUUCGAACUGCUAGGUUGGCAGGAGCAGGGACCGAGCAACGGGAGCUCACCCUGUCGCGGGGAUUCGAACCGCUGACCUUCUGAUCAACAAGUCCUAGGCUCUGUGGUUUAGACCACAGCGCCACCCGCGUCCAAAUUAAGCCUAUAAACGAGAGCAAAAAGCUUUACAUCUCCUGCAUGGCUUUGCCAGCUGGCAGCCCCCGAGCCAAAUCUGCGCCUUCUUGCAUCGCCGCUGUUUCUGUCUGGAUGGAUGUGGGGACAGGCCGUAGCUCACUGGUACAGCACAGAAAGUCCCCGGUUCAAUAGCAUUUCCAGGUAGGGCUGGGAGAAACCCGUGUUUUCAAAAGCAGGAGGACGGGAUUCUUUCCCCCAGUUGAAUGGAAGAUGGUUUUCCCAGGGUGAGGUUCCUCGGUUGCACUUGCGGUGUGCUCACCCCUGCAGUUUCCCUAAAUUCAUCAUCCCAGCGGCGUAAAUUUGGCUGCAGAAGAUCUUGGGUUCAUCCCUGGAAUUCUUGGCCGGGAAAUGUCCCCUUCUUGAGAUUCCCAGAGCUCCGGGACACAAUGACCCAAAGCCAACCUUAUAAAAUAUAAAAUUUGGUGGGAAUCGAAGGUCUGCAAAACUCCAGCAUGAAAGCAGCUUGGAAACUGUAUUGGGUCAAUUGAGUUCUUAAGCAUUAAAAACUUCUGGGCCCAACCAGCACAUCUUCAAAUCAAGAAGUCUUUGCCAGGCUGAUGUUGCAACUAGAGAGGUAUUUUCCAAAACAGGACCCCCAGUUGGAAGCUUUCAUCAAAACCAGUGGCUUUUUCUGGGAAGAAGGCACGAGAUCCACGCACUUAGAAACCUAGUGUGUCAAGGUAGACAUGGCAAAGCAAAGCAAAUGUUGCUGCUGUCUGCAUUUCAGUGGCUUUCUUCCCUGAGCUCUCUGAAUGGGCCCCUGUUUUUCCUUCUUCUGCCCCCGCAGGCAGACAUCGAGGGCCUCUCGAAGAAAAGCGGCUGCACCCCCCGGCAGGUCGAGCGCUGGUUCCGCCGGCGGCGCAAUCAGGACCGGCCAAGCUUGCUCAAGAAAUUUCGGGAGGCCAGGUAGGCUUGGGUGAAUAGCAGGCUUGCCCAAACCCCAUGCACGCUUUCCCAUCUGCAAAAGCGUCGCUGGAUUAGGGGUCGGCAGCUGGCUGCCCCAGGCCAGCCUUCCUCAAUGCUCUCUGCCCGCCAAAACACUCCAGAUCCAUUGGAAGUCCAAUUCCCCAUGCCCCUGACCAUUGGGCAUGCUGUCCGAUGGCCGCUGGGUGCCCAGCAACACCUAGAGGGUGACAAAUUCAGGCAGACCUUUGCGAGUGCCACAGCCACACGACUCCAAAAUGUUUAGUAGCCGGAGUCUUCCUUACAACCAAUCCAUUGGCUCUCUGGCUCCCCCUACUGUUCGUCCCCUUGCCUCUCGCCCUACCACUCCUGGCAGACGUCAGAGGCACUCUGCACGCCCCCAGUGGCGCUCUUGACAUGCCUGAGAACGUGUGCUUCAUUUGCUCAGGGGAUGAGAAACAAGACUUUGUGCUUCCUUUUCCAGUUGGAGAUUCACCUUUUACCUUCUUGCUUUCAUUGCUGGCACGGCCGUCAUAGCUGACGUAAGUACAUUUCCUCCUCAACCUAAGGCGGGAAACGGGAGUUUCCUUUUCUGCGAGUCCUCUUGACGCUUAACCGGCUCUUGUCUUUUUAUCCUUUGUCUCCUGAACUUGCAGAAACCUUGGUUCUACAACCUGAGGCUAGUUUGGGAAGGAUACCCUACACAGGUGAGCUAAGUUUUUACGCUGCAACCUUUGCUUUUUUUUUUAAAAAAAAGGUAUAUCUUCAUAUACAUAUAGAAACCUCUAAGGCUGUCAUCACACAGCCUUUGUUGGGGGGGUGGGAGUUGUAGUGUGGCGUCACCGUCCUGAAGUUGCAUGAAAUCAGGGAGGAUUUAAAAGACAAAUGGCGGUUUUAAACAACAGCAGAGGUUUGAAUAAAGCUGGGUGGGGGAAACACACAGAGUGUCUCUGAGGAUGUGCAGAGAGCUUGACAGAGCUGUGAGAAUGUGGGCUUGAUGCAGCUGCGAGGGGACGGCUUGGUGUGGUGUAAAAUCACGGGGUGGGGGUUGGCAAUGGGGUGGGGGGGGUAGGCAGGGUUCACAAGCAACUUGAGCAGGGACAACAGCCUUGUGUGUUCAUGUGGUGUGUGCAUUAGAAAUUAUAUAUACCCAAACUUUGGAUUUAUCUUUUUUUAUAAAAAAACAAACAAGAAAAAUCCACAAGGGGUGGCAGCGAAAAAAAUAUCUACAAUGCACCAUGAAAUAAGGAGCACAUAACUAUAAACGGCAGGGGGUUGUAGCGAGAUCGAGAUGACCAAAAUCCUUCCGCUGCAGUCGACUGCUUAGAGAUACUGUGAAACAUCAGGCGGCAAAAAAUGCUUUUAAAUAAAUGAAGUCAAAGGUGGCACGACACAAAAGGAGGGGAGGGAUGAGGAGGGCAGAGGAAAAGAACGCGCUCCGGAAGAACAGGAGAGUUGGUCCAUUUGGUCUGAUUCAGCAGGAGAUUCCUUGUGUUCUUACGCUUCCCUGGGAUGGGGAGACCACAAAACUGGGUUUUUAAAAAUGUUGGCUGAGGACGCGGAACGACCUGGCUAUAUUUGAGGGGUUUUUCUCCCUCCCUCCUCCAGAACCUGCUGCCGUCCCAGUACUGGUAUUACAUGAUUGAGCUCUCGUUUUACUGGUCCCUGUUGUUCAGCAUCGCCUCGGACGUGAAGCGGAAGGUGAGUCGAAGGCUUGGCUCACGGGGAGCGCAGACGGCAUUUGGCCUUUGCUGCUGGAUCUGCAGUUGAUCAGUGGAAGUUGAUCUUUUUUUAGAUUCAACAAAGUUAACAAAAUGAUAAUAAUACAUAUCCAUAACGAGAUACACAUAUUAUCACUGCAGGUUAAUGGCAGCAUAAGGUUGAGCGUUAUCAUUAAACUUGUAGGAUAGCUAAAAAAUAAGUGGGGGGAAAGUAUAUGAAAGAAAAAUCGGAUUUUAGAGGUGGAAGGGGGCCUGAAGGUCAUCCAGACCAACCCCCUGCAACAUAGUACUCAAGAGAGCUCUGCUUAAACCUGUUGAAAUCGAGACACAAUAUGAAAAAUCAGUUUAAAGCAACUGGCCCUCUCAGAAACACAACAGGUCUAAAUACACACAUAAAAAUUUCAAUUUAGCAGCAGAGAGGCAUCAGCCCUAGCUAGGGCUUCAUUGCAGACAGAUAUAAAAUGUUCGUACAGUCGUACCUUGGUUUUCGAACGGCCUAGUUCUCGAAUGUUUUGGCUCCUGAACGCCUCAAACCCGGAAGUGACUGUUCUGGUUUUGGAACGUUCUUUUGGAAGCUGAACAUCCGACGGGGCUUCCGAUUGGCUGCAGGAGUUUCCUGCAGCCAAUCACAAGCCGCGCCUUGGUUUCCGAACGUUUUGGAAGUCGUACGGACUUCCGGAACGGAUUCCAUUCAACUUCUGAAGUACGACUGUAUACUGCUUCUCUGACCGUGAAUUUUGAGCUCAAGAGGCUCAGGAGAACACAACUGUUAAACGUUAACAAGCACGGUAUUUGGUGUAGUGUUGAAAGCUCAGUAACAUAUAAAGAGAGCAAAAUAAUAAUAAUAAUAAUAAUAAUAAUAAUAAUAAUAAUAAUAAUAAUAAUAUACAGUUAAAUCCAAACUCGUCUCAUUUCAGAAUUGAAUAAAACUGGUCUGUAGUAACAGUGAUCUAAGUUAACUUACUGUAAAAGAAAAUAUAUGAAACAGCCUGAAAAGAUUUCUAGGGAAAUAGGUAUUUUCCGUUACGCUUUGGCUGAUUUUUUUUGCUUUUGGGCAGGACUUCAAGGAACAGGUCAUCCACCACGUAGCGACCAUCGUCCUGAUUAGCUUCUCUUGGUUCACCAACUACAUCCGGGCCGGGACUCUCAUCAUGGCAUUGCAUGACUCCUCGGACUAUUUGCUGGAGGUGAGGGAUUCGGACCCCUUCCUCCCUUGCAGGGGUGUAACCCGAAGUUCAAGCCCAGGCGUCCGACUCAACUUAAAGACUCUCCCUGUUCCGGACGCCUUGUGCUGCGUGCUGUCGUCGCUUCUUAAAAACACAUAAUUAAAUGGCGGCAUGUCUGGGAAGGGUCGUGGGGCUCAGUGGUUAGAGCGCCCACUUCGCAUGCAGAAGGUCCCAGUAGCAUUUCUAGGUAGGACUGGGAAUAUUCUCUGCCAGAAACUCUUAACAGAGCCGCUGCAAGAGCAGUUUGCAGUGAUUUUGUCGGCUGGUUUCUACUCCCUGGUCUGUCCCCCCAAGCAGUCAAGGAAACUUUCCAGCCGAGGGGGGAAUACUUAGGGGGUGGAACAGAGGCAGGGAAGUGUGUGGUGUGGGGAGAGAUUUCCGUAUAAGCUAAACAUGCUAUAGCUUAGGGCUCCAGUCUCUUGGGGGCCCCCAAAAAAUUUAAAGGGGGGAAAAACUGGACGUACAUUUCCAAAAUAUAAGAUAAAAAACUAAUAAAAUAAAGCCUACAUACAGCAAGAGUGUUUUGUGUUGUGUAGGCUCCUAUGAUGCUAGCCUGCUCCCUAAAAUAUCACUGGUUUGCUCAUUUCUAUAUAUAGGGUGCCGACAUUCUGCAGGGACUUUGCAUUCUGCAGGGACUUUUCAACAAUUACUCUGAUAAAAUACAUAUUUUGUGAUGUGCAAAUGGCUUUAGAUACCUAUUAGGCCCAUAAAUUGCCACAUAGCAUAUAUUCAACACACAAAAACAGCGACAAUUUGUUAUUGACAAAGGACAGCUGGACAUAUAAAGGGCCCCAUUACCAUCGGUAGCUGAGGGCCUCAUCAAACCUAAAUCCGGCCCUGGGAGAGACCCAGGGGAGAUAGGUAGAGGGACCCCCACGGGCCGCAUCCUGCCCACAAGAAGGAGCUGCUCCAUCAUGCUCUUCAUAGCCAGAGUAUCUUCCGUCUCUCGCUGCCGGUCCCGAUCCCUGAGCUCAGGGCUGCCUGUAAAUAUUGCCUCCACUUCUCUCUUUCGGUGUCUCUGCAGUCGGCAAAAAUGUUCAACUACGCAGGCUGGAAGAACAUGUCCAACAACAUCUUCAUCGUCUUCGCCACCAUCUUCAUCGUCACGCGACUCGUCAUCCUUCCGUUCUGGUGAGAGUUACGUGCGCUGCGUGUGACUGAGGUUUACCUGUUGGACGCAUGCCUGUCGAGAAGCUGUUGGGAGAGAGAGAAUGGGCGGGAGGGGGCGAACAGAAGCACAAAAGAGUAUAGAGUGGCAAAAGGGACCCCAAGGGUCAUCCAGUCCAACCCUCUGCAAUACAGGAGUCGCGGCUGAUGAAUAAAUGUGGGCCAGUUCGUAGGGGAAUAUAAUCUGCCAGUUGCUAUUAGGCCACACCCAUGCUGUUCCCCUGGUUUACCCCACAGAACGCUGGGAAUUGUAGUUUAAGGGCGCUGGGAAUUGUAGCUCUGUGAGGGGGUAAGCUACCAAUGUGGUUUCUGUAUUCUGAUUUUUCUUGAUCUGAUUCCUUAUGUUGAAUUUUACAGGAUCCUGCAUUGCACCAUGGUGUACCCCUUGGAAAUAUACCCAGCUUUCUUCGGCUACUAUUUCUUCAACCUUAUGAUGGUCAUUUUGCAGUCCCUGCACAUAUUUUGGGCGUACCUCAUUAUCCGGAUGGCCCAGAAAUUCAUAACUGGAAAGGCAAGUUGGGUUUGGGGGGGGUGUUGGUACCCUUUCCCAAUUCAUGUUUUGUCUAGUAGGAGGUAUAAGAGAAAACCAACUCUUUUUUUUUGGUGUUUGAGAGAGAGACAAACCAAGCAACCAACCCAGAGGGCAACCCUGUGUUUAAAAUAUAUCUAUCUAUUGCUGUCCCACUUUUCCUCAAAGGGACUCAAGGUAGCUUACUUACGUGGUUUUCCGACUUUCCGUAUUCUCCACAACAACCUUCAAGGUGGGCCAAGCUAAGAGACAGGCGCAGCCCCCAGGUCAUAUCCAGUGAGCUACAUGGCCAAAUGGGGAUUUUGAACCCUGGUCUCCCUAACCCCGGGGUCGGCAACCUGUGGCCUCUAGGCCACUUUUGGCCCGUCAUGACUCCAAUUAUGUCUUUUUCUCCAAACUGCUGGCCCAGCAGCUGAUGCCACUCUGGUGGUGGGGUUCAGUCUUGCGCUGGGUGCGGAUGAGCCAGGAGCAGGGGGGUUAAACCCUGCCAAUUGGGCAAGAUUCGGAACAAAAUCCCUUAUUGAUUUAUUACAGGGGCAGCAAACUUUUUCAGCAGGUGGCCGGUCCACUGUCCCUCAGACCUUGUGGGGGGCCAGACUAUAUUUUGAAGAAAAAAAAUGAACAAAUUUCUAUGCCCCACAAAUAACUCAAGAUGCAUUAUAAAUAAAAAGACACAUUCUACUGAUGUAAAAGCACGCUGAUUCCCGGACCAUCCGCAAACCAGAUUUAGAAGGCGAUUGGGCCGGAUCCGGCCCCCGGGCCUUAGUUUGCCCACCCAUGAUUUAUUACUUGCUUGGAACAGUUGCACCCAACUCUUCAGGCUCCCGCGGGGGGAGGUGGCUUAGGUACAAUCAAGACAGUCCCUACCUAAAGGCCUACAGUCUUUAAAAAAUCCCCAACAACAUACAAGGGGAAAGGUACAAGGAGGGAUGAGGAAAAAUCAAAACUCAAGCACUAAUUUCUAAGGGCCGAAACUCCCUUUUGGUCAUGCCCUUUUGGCAGUUUGAAGUCCCAAUUUUGGGCUAUGAGGUUCUGAAUGACCUGACGCCAUUAUGGCACCAGGUGGACGGGCCUACCCACCUGUCAGGAUUUGGCCAGGAGGCCAACCCGGAUAAGGACCUGUCCUGUGGAGCCAAAAAAGUUUCCCCUCCUCUAGCCGCUUUGCCACACUGGGAUCUUCCUUUUGCACUGAGGAGGAACUAAAUCCGUCUCCUUGUGACCAUACACAUUUUUUAACCCUAUUCUUGUCAUCAUGAAGGCUAGCAACUUACUUUCAUGUUUUCCUCUUCCUGGUAAUGGAAGCCGAGUUGUGCAGGAUGCUAGAUUCUGCCGCGCCCAGAAGCAAUUUCUGUGGGUUAGAACUUGGGAUCUUAUGUGGAAAAGAUCUGCUGGAUGGCUUACUCUCGACACUUGCGUUAUAAGGAAAGCCGUUUCAGGCCGUGAGUGGCUUUUAAUUGCUGCAGGCUGCCUGAUCUCCCAUCAAAUUGAUUUUAAAAGCUGCUUGUAGGUUUUAUUUUGUUCCGCUGCACUUCUAAGUUUCAUUGCAAGCCCAUCUCGAGCUGCACUCAGGAAAGGCAGGACGUGAAUAAAUUACGGUGAAUAAAAGUAACUUAAAAAACAACAACAACAGCAUCCUUUAGAAAGGUAAAUGAGAUUCCGAAUAUUGAAUAUUUCCAGUUCCACCUCUCAAAGCGGGAAUGCAAAGGGGGGAAAGGGUUAAUCUCCGGAAUUAUGUAUUUAAGAAGUUAUUUUCAUUUCAAAAAGGCUCUUCCACCAAUUGGCCCUUAAGGUAGCUUAAAAACAUCAGAAAAUAAUAAUAAUAACCUCACAGGGAACAGACAGCAACUAAAAGCAGAUGAAUGAUUGUUGAAAUCUCUGGUGGGUGGGCUGGAACGGGCCUCGUAUACCUAAAAGAUUUUAACGGGGGAAGGGUUUUCAAAAGCAGGAGUACCACCAGGGUCAAAGACUCCCAUCUCUUGGUCACAUUUAAUUUCCCGCUCCGCUGCCGCCGUCUCUUGGUCGCACUUAACUUCCUAGAUUCAGGUAGGUAGCCGCGUUGGUCUGACGCAGUCGAAAUAAAAUUAAGAAAUUGUCCAGUAGCACCUUGGUUUGUUCCCUUCCUCUGGGGAGCUUAGUUUGUUCUGGGUAUAAGCUUUCAUGUGCACGCAGACUUCUUCAGAUAUGCAUUAACUUCCUGAUCGCCUUAAAAGCCCUACUUAGUAAUAAUAUAAUAAUAAUAAUUUAUUAUUUAUACACUGCCCAUCUGGCUGGGCUUCCCCAGCCACUCUGGGCGGCUUCCAACUAAAUAUUAAAACACAGUAAUACAUCAAACAUUAAAAGCUUCCCUGAACAGGGCUGCCUUCAGGUGUCUUCUAAAAGUCUGGUAGUUGUUUAUCUCUUUCACAUCUGGUGGGAGGGUGUUCCACAGGGCAGGCGCCACCACUGAGAAGGCCCUCUGCCUGGUUCCCUGUAACCUCACUUCUCGCAGGGAGGGAACCGUCAGAAAGCCCUUGGAGCUGGACCUCAGUGUCCGGGCAGAACGAUGGGGGUGGAGACGCUCCUUCAGAUAUACUGGACCGAGGCCGUUUAGGGCUUUCAAGGUCAGCACCAACACUUUGAACUGUGCUCGGAAACGUACUGGGAGCCAAUGUAAGUCUUUCAAGACCGGUGUUAUGUGGUCUCGGCGGCCACCCCCAGUCACCAGUCUAGCUGCCGCAUUCUGGAUUAGUUGUAGUUUCCGGGUCACCUUCAAGGGUAGCCCCACGUAGAGCGCAUUGCAGUAGUCCAAGCGGGAGGUAACCAGAGCAUGUGCCACGCUGGCCAGUCUGCAGUGGAGACAGAAUUGACCUGUGCCUCCAUGGACAGCUGUGAGUCCAGAAUGACUCCCAGGCUGCGCACCUGCUCCUUCAGGGGCACAGUUACCCCAUUCAGGACCAGGGAAGUGUCUGAGUUGUCUCUCGUUUCCUGACUUGGGUUUCUCUCCCCUCCAGGUGGUGGAAGACGAGCGCAGCGAUCGUGAUGAGACGGACAACACCGGGGAGGAGGAGGAGGAGGAGUUGGAAGAAGAGAAACCUGCCUCAGCACCCACAAAGAACGGCCCCCUGAGCAACGGGCACCCGGUCUUGAACAAUAACCACCGGGUGAAAGCCAAUUGAUCGCUCGACGUCCAUUUUCGGUACCCAGCCCUCCUCUGCUUCCAGCUUCCAGGGGGGACUCCCGUCUGUCGCCAGAGUCCAGAUCUUUAUUUUCAUUUUUGAAGCCAAAAAGAAAAGAAAACUUCCUCUGGGGAGCUGCGGCUGGAAGCACAGCCCCCUGCCGCCCCACCAGCUCCUCUCUCCAUCCUUGGACCCUCCAAGAACCCGAAGAAGCGCCAGGUUCAUUUCAAGAUGGGAUCCUGAGACACUUGCCGCUUUUCUUGGGGGCAAAGCAAGCGGCCUUUUCUGGAGCUUGCAAACAGUGCUCGUUUUCCUCUUCCCCAGCACCCUUUAUGUAUGGGAAGAAGGGCAGAGUUUUGGGAGCAUGGUUGCCCUUGCCUCUUUGAGCCCCUGCCCUGAAUCCACCUUGGAAAGUGGCCCCUGAGACCCCUCACACAUUGCCAACCCCCUCCUCGCCCGCCCAAAACCCCUCCACAAAAUUGGGCAAGCAAAGAGCAACUUCUCAGCCCCACCCCAGAAAAGACACACGUCUUUUUUUCCUUCCAAGCACACUCAAAAGGAACCAACACUUGCGGGGAAAGUACUCUGCUCGUCAAGUUUGAAGUCCUCAUCGAGGCCUCUUUCCCCCUUUCCCCGUGCCAAAGGCCCUCCUGCUUCUAAACAUGUCAGGAAAGCUGGGCUCCUUUCCCCGACACCCCGCCCAGAUCUGCUAUAUCUUACACCACAGGCACAAAUGUUUUCUUUCCACAAGUAAUCCUUUUUUGUGUGUGUGUGGAAAAAGCAAAUAUUUUGGGUACAAGCGGGUGGGGUGUAGCAGAGGGCAAGGUUGGGGUUUCUGCCCCAAUCCGCCUUCGCCGCUUACGAGGACAAUCCCUGCGCCUUUGCUCUGCCAGAGUUGGGAAACGGAGUCAAGCAGGCGCCGUUGGAGCGGCGCUACAGUUCCCAUCUCCUCUGAGCACAUCUAUCCAACUGUGUCUUGAUACCUUUUUAGAAACCAGGCCAGGGGUCCCACCACCGGUCCUGCCUUAACUCCAAAGCCUUUCGAUAAUCCGUUUUUGGUUAUCGUAGAAGCCAUAGUACUCCUUUGCAAAGACUGGCUCUGUUUUCUUAGCUGCAGCGAAACAAAUGGUGAGAGGGAGAUGGAUAAAUACGUCUUCUGGUCCUCAAGGUAUGCCCAGUGCCCCCCACACUUGUAAGGCCCUGGAGUUUUGACCACUGCCUUUGCAACCCCCAGCCCCAUAGGAAGAGGUUUUUAAAUUGCAAAAAAAAGUAUUUAAUUAAAGAAGCGAUUGGAUUACGGUGAGUCCACAGGCGAGGGAAUCACAGGUAGAGGGUUUUAAUUUUUGGAGAUCAUGUUCAGAUGAGAUCAUGGAGGAUUUACUCACCUUUUUUCCUGGGUAUUUUAGUUUGGGGUGGGGGAAAUGUUUCGGCAAGCUAAUUCAGACAGGUCAAUGAUGCCAGAAGGCUGAAAACUCAGUGGUGGUCUUUAUUUUCCUUUUCUUAAAAAAGCUUUCUCUAAACUGCACCACCUUCCUCCUGUAGAGAAUUUAAUUCAAUGCACACUACUUCACUUUAUUCCCCUGCAUUCCUUCUUUUAGGAAUGUAAUACUUUCCUUUUGCCCCCAACUCCACAAUCCUUUUCUCAUCCUAUUAAAAAAAAAAAACACCCAGAGAGGUACACCCACUUUUAUGUAGUCUACUUGCCUUUUACCACUCCCAGAGGGGGAGACGCUGAUUUUUGUUUUAAUUUAUUAGAUAGGAUUUUUCAAGCACCAAAACGAGAAAAAUCUUUUGGCUUCAGCUGCAAUAAAAACUCCAGAGAAAGACAGUUUUGAAGAAUAUCUGCUCUACCUGUAGGAUCAAAUUGCAAUUAUUCUUUCCCUAGCCUUAGCCUUAGGGCAUUUUUGGGGGGGGGGUAGGGGGAGGUUUACAAAAAAGGACCAUUAACCUAUCUUCAGACCAAAAUGUGUGUUCUUUUUUUUUUUAAAGAAAAAAAAAGUUAAAAUAUAUUAAAACCUAAAUAAGACUAAUAAAUUUCUGUUAAAAAAAAAAAUUCUGGUGAUUGGAUUACCUUUGGGAAAGUUCACACAACUAAGGGUGCUUUUUAAAUGGCACAACGGUGUUUUGCAAACACUUCCAGCAUAAGUUAGUGGGGAAAUUCUUAACGCCAACCCUGCAGGGGGCAUGUGGCCGUUUGUUUUGGGAUUGCUCUGGGAAACAGUUGGGGUGAGACGGGAGAAGCGAGAGAAUUUACUCCUGUCGGAGUGAACCAAAUUCAGUUGGAUACAUCCAACUUUUGUCCACCCACCCCAGUCCCAUUAAACGUAAAGGUAAAGGGACUCCCCGCACAGAAACGCCGUUUACCUUCCCGCCGGAGUGGUACCUAUUUAUCUACUUGCACUUUGAGGUGCUUUUGAACUGCUAGGUUGGCAGGAGCUGGGACUGAGCAACCGGAGCUCACCCUGUCGCGGGAUUCGAACUGCCGACCUUCUGAUCAGCAAGUCCUAGGCUCUGUGGUUUAACCCACAGCACCACCUGCGUCCCAUUAAACGCCCUUAAUAACUUAGAAAUCAAGAUCGACUUCCUCUGGACCAGGAGGCUCCGUAAGAACACCAGACGAGCCCUGCAGCUGGAUCAGGCCCAAAGGGACCAAUCCAGUCCAACACCCCGCGGCCAGCCAGAUGCCCUGAUGGGAAGCUCAUGAUCUGGACCCAAACACAGCAGCAAAACGACCCCUACAUGCGAUUCCCUGGAACUGGUAUUGCUGCUGUUUGCAUUUGUCUGUCUUAAACAGACAAUGGAGUAUGCCUCUGGGGUGAAGUCAAACUGCCACACUAGCAGUACCAGAGCGACCUCUCUGGGAUGCAAACCUGGGCAGUGCACUUCGGGGUCCUGGGCCGCCCAGACGACAAGACACCCCCCAAUCAGCCUCGGUGAUGUCCAAAAGAAAGCAGAGCAAGACAUUUGACACCAGCUUGGUUGCUGGAAUUGCGGGAAGGAGGCACACAAAGCAACUGUAGAGACUCCACAAUUGUGUUGGGUUUAGUCUGGGGGUCAGCAAACUUUUUCAGCAGGGGGCCGGGCCCCUUGUCCCUCAGACCUUGUCGGGGGCUGGACUAUAAGCUGCACCCCCCCACGACUCUCCCCUCCUCCACAGCACCGGACAAGCCCAUAGCUGUCAAACUUUUCCCUUUUCUUGUGGGGAAUCCUAUUCGGAAUAAGGGAAUUUCCCUUAAAAAAAGGAAAACGUCGACAGCUAUGGACAAGCCCCGGUGGCUGCUUGCCUGUGUCCUGCGAGCGGCAGGGGCUGGCGGCGGCGGGGGGACGAUGAGCGGCGUGCAAAAGGGCUCCGGAGAGGGGCUGCUUAAAAUGGCAGCCGCUCGAGCGCUGCUACUGCUGCUGGCACCAACAAAGCCCAGCCCCCUUCCUUCUCUAGGCAGGGCAGGGAGAAGCCAGGAGGAGGGAGGGAGGAGGUGCCGCCGCCAAGGGGGGGGGGGAAGGGAAGGAACACGUGCACUGCCAAUCCAUGCGGCGAUUCAUAGACCAUCCGUGGGCCGGAUCCAGAAGGCAACUGGGCCCGAUCCGGCCUAUGGGCCUUCGUUUGCCGACCCAUGGUUUAGUCCUUCGCCUUUUCUUCUCCUGAACUGGGAGUAUUCCGAGGCAUUUUUACUGCCGACAGUAGGGAAAGAGACCGUAUCGUCCAUGAAUUUGUCUUAAUGGUUGAAAGCCAUCCACGUUCAGGGAGCCAUCGCUGCAUCGACCCCUGGCAUCUCCAGGUGAUCGCAGAGUGGGAAAGGAUCCCGAGGAUCGACUACUCCAACCCCCUGCAAUGCAGGAAUCUGGUCCGCAGCUGCCCCUGAGGGGGCACGGACCACUAGCCUUGAACCACACUCACCCAUGCGCCAAAGAGACAAUGGGUUGCAGAUGCAUGAAACACCACCUUUCUGUCGUUUAAACCGCACUCUGGGAAAAGCCAGCUUUUCUUUUGAGAAACACACAGAGAGCUCUUUCCCCUCCUUCCAGGAGUCAGAUGGAAAGCCCCACGGGAGCUGUAUCCGGGCCCUGAUCCUGAAUAAUCCCUGGAUCAGCGCACAAGAUCGUUCCCCAUAAAAACCUCCACUGCUCUGCCCCGUGUUAUAUUUUCUUUUUUUAAAAAAAAUAAAAGGUUCAGGAGCAGAUCAUCUUUUGAAAUCGAGAGUAAACAUGGUUUUAUUGCUUUACGACGACGAAAGGGGGGGGUCCUCUGCAAAACACCAUACACAGAACCAUGCCCUCGACAACGUCCGACAACGCGGCGCCGAAAAUGGAUGAGCCCGCAAACAGAGAACGAGACGUGUGAGAAGUGGGUAAGGGGGGGAUCCACUGACCGAAAAGGGCUUAAAAAAAAAAAAAUCUUUUAAAAAAUUCAUGAAAUGCGCCCCCCCUGCCUAAAAAAAGGGGCGGGGUGGGCAGCGGGAGAAAGAAACCUUACAACAAACGUCCACGGCAUUCAAUUGCACCGCAGCAGCACAGAAGUUCCUUGCCCUCCACGCUGCCAACUUCGUAGUUAUAGUCCCAGGUAAGUUCGGUGCCAGCUCUGAUCCUCCUGCAAGAAGGAAAAAGAGUUUUGCAGUUUUGAAACGGCAGCUUAGAAUGGGAGAGACUCUCUGGGUGAACAGCCCUGUGCCUCAGCUUCUGCUCUCCCACCUGUAAAAUGGGCAUAAGGGGACUCGUGAGACCAUGUUGUGAUCUAGAGUGCAACUGCACUUGGCUGCUCAGAGUGGCUGGGGAAACCCACCCACAUGGGCGGGGUAUAAAUAUUAUUAUUAUUAUUAUUAAUUAUUAUUACUGUUUGCACCUCAAAAAAAGAGAAGAUUCUGUAGAGGAGUAAAAAGGUUCAGAAAAAGGCUAUCAAAAUGAUGAAGGGGAAGAAGCAAUUGCCCCAUUAAAGAAAGAAUACAUUUGGGGCUUUUUUUGGUAUUGGGCGUCAGCAGACUUUUUCAGCAGGGGGCCAGUCCACUGUCCCUCAGACCUUGUGGGGGGCCAGACUAUAUUUUUUUGGGGGGGGAAUGAAUGAAUUCCUGUGCCCCACAAAUAACCCAGAGAUGCAUUUUAAAUAAAAGAGCACAUUCUACUCAUGUAAAAACACACUGAUUCCCGGACUGUACGCGGGCCGGAUUUAGAAGGCGAUUGGGUCGGAUCCAGCCCCCGGGCCUUAGGUUGCCUACCCCUGGUAUAAAGGGGGGGAAAGAGGUGACUUGCUAGAAUAUCAAAGUACACGUGGCAUGGACAGAGUGGGCACAUUAAAGUUUCCAUCCCUCAUGACACUAGAAGCUAAAGAUUGGAAGAGUAAAGGCAGACAAAAGAAAGCACCUCUUUAGUUGAACUGUGGAACUCCCUGCCACAGGAAACAGGGAUGGCCAACUUUAAAAGAGGGAUGCUGAUGGCUGCUAGCCAUCAAGGCUACGCUCUGCCCUUGCAGCCAGAGGCAGUAACGCUCCUCACUACCAACCACUGGCAAGUGGAAUCCUGGGAACUGUAGUUUGUUGUGGGUGCCAAGAGACACCCCCUAGUCCUCUCCCAGAGCAGUUUAACAGCUGACCCCUCUUUUCCAGGGAACUCUGGGAAUCGUAGUUCUGGGGGCGGGAUCUCCUAAUGCCACAAUCUUUUUAUAUGCAGCAACAGCUGCCAGGGUACUAAAUGGAAAUCUCAGGACAUACCAACAAAGGAAGAGUGGCUCUGUAAAUUAAUUGAGUAUAUAGAAUUGGCAAAAUUAACUUCAAUUAUAAGCUAUCAAUCAAAUCAAAAGUUAAGAAUGGAGCGGAAGUAUUUCGAAGAUUAUAUGUCAAAAUAUUGUUCUAAAAAUGACAUGUUAAUAGGCUUAGAAUAAAAAAUGUAAGCAAUAACAAAACAAAGAAAGAAAGAAGGAAAAAUCAGAAUUUAACAAAAAUAAUUUAUUAUAGAAUGCAAGGGGGAAAAGGUAGAAAGAAAUAUAAAGAAGUCAAAUUGCUGUGGAGGGAAAUAGAGGGUAGGAGGUGGGUUUUAUAAUUAAGUGUAUAAUUAUGCAACUGUUGUGAUUUAGAUAUUAUAUUUUAUGUGAGGGAAUCAUUAGGAAUUUGGGUUAUUAUGUAUAUAUGUUAAGUUUCAAUAAAGAUCUUUGAAUUUAUUUAUUUUUAAAAACCUAAUCACACUCAGCACCCUGAAUGAACUACAGUUCCCAGGAUUUGGCAGGUGGGAGCCGUUGAGUGUUCAAAGUGGUGGAAGGGGGCUUUAAAUGCCUGGUGCGGAUGCGGCCCAAGGGAAGCUCGACUGAAGAGAGAGAAGCUGGUCUCUUUUGGACAGUGCUUACUUGCUGGCGAAGAAGGCCACCCAUGGGAAACGGAGGUCGUGGGUGUCCACAAAGACGUUCUGGACAAAGAGGUUAGGACUGCAGCUAUGCUGGAAACAGAAACGGGCGUUAGCCAAAAUCAGAAAGGCAAAAGCUCCGUGCCGACUGACGUCAAGGUAUUUUAGAGCUGCUUGUUAUCUAGCCAAAGUGAUAUUUAAAAGCGUGAAAGUAUCAUCAACAGAAGUUAACUCAGAAAUGGAC